ACCACUUUGCCAAGUCACCAAAGUGUCCAGCAAAAUCUGCUGAAUGUCAUAAGUGUCAUAAGGAGGGACAUUUUGCAAGUGUGUGUAGAACUAAAGUUAGUAAUGAGAGAGACAAUAAAAAGAAAAUAAACUAUACAAGAGAAGAUCAGGAAUCCAAAGAGGGUGACAAUGAAUAUGCUUUUGUUGUUAAUCAUCAGUCGGAUGAAAACAGUGGUUUAGUCGAUAUCAAAGUUGGAGGAGUGUUGUGCAAUUUUCUUAUUGACUCUGGUUCAACGUGUAAUGUAAUCGAUAAAUCCUGUUGGGAGAAACUUAAAGCCAAGCAAAUAAAAUGUAAGUCGGAGAAAACAGCAACACAGAUUUAUUCAUAUGGAUCAAGUAAGCCACUUAUUGUUGCUGGGAAAUUUACAGCCGAUGUUGUAUGUCAAGGCAAAGAAGUAAAAGAAGCAGAAUUCAUAGUGAUUGAAGGCACCGGUAAGCCAUUACUGGGAAAGAAAACUGCUAUUCAAUUGAAUGUCUUGAAGAUUGGUCCACAACCUGUGAUAUCGGAAGGUGUCAACUCAGUCGAGGAUGACAAUACAUUCAGAGAUAGAAUGAUGAAAACAUAUUCGGGGUGUUUUAAAGGUAUUGGAAAGUUGAAAGACAGACAGCUGGAAGUUAACUUAGACCCAAAUGUGAAACCUGUGGCACAGAGAGCUCGUAACAUUCCAUAUGGAUUACAGUCUAAAGUUGAAAAGAAAUUAGAUGAAUUGGAAAGGCAAGGUAUAAUAGAAAAGGUAAAAGGACCAGCAAAAUGGGCAAGUCCACUUGUUGUUGUACCUAAGCCAAAUGGUGACAUUCGACUGUGUACGGACAUGCGCAGAGCCAAUGAAGCGAUUGUUAGAGAGAAGUUUCCUAUUCCUACAGUGGAUGAUAUCCUUCAUGAAAUAAAUGGUAGCAAAGUUUUCUCAAAAUUGGAUCUCAAAUAUGGAUAUCACCAGUUAGAGCUUGAAGAGAAAUCGAGAGAAAUCACAACCACUGUCACUCACAAGGGACAUUAUCGAUAUACACGUCUAAUUUUUGGUAUGAAUAAUGCAUCAGAAUAUUAUCAGUAUCAUAUUGGUGAUGCAAUUCGCGAUUGCGAAGGUGUGCAUAAUAUAUCGGACGAUAUUAUCGUACAUGGAAAGGAUCAAGCUGAGCACGACGAAAGGCUUGAAAAGUUGCUGAUGACCCUAGUGGAAAAAAAUCUUACACUUAAUCCUGAAAAGUGCCAGUUUCGCAUGACUGAGCUUACAUUUAUGGGAUACCUUUUAUCAGAAAGAGGUAUUGGUCCAACUAACACCAAAGUUGAAGCUGUAAAGAAUGCAAGGCGACCUGAGACCGCAUCGGAAGUGCGUAGUUUCCUUGGAUUGGUUAACUUUUCUGCGAGGUUCAUUCCUGACCUGGCGACAACAUCCGAACCUCUUCGACAGCUGACGAGGAAAGGCGUGGUUUUCCAGUGGACUAAAGUACAUGAAAACGCUUUUAACAAGUUAAAGUCCCAAUUAACAAAUGCUGAGUCACUUGCAUAUUUUGACAAAGAUGCCAAAACGAAGAUUAUCGCAGAUGCAAGCCCGGUAGGUCUCGGUGCUGUUUUAAUUCAAGAGCAAGAUGGCGAAGAUAGAGUCGUAAGUUAUGCUAGUCGAUCUUUAACAAGUGUGGAGAGACGAUAUAGCCAGACUGAGAAAGAGGCUCUCGGUUUAGUUUGGGCGUGCGAAAGAUUUCAUGUUUAUCUCUAUGGGAGUAAGUUUGAAUUGAUCACUGAUCAUAAGCCUUUGGAAGUCAUUUAUUCAAAGAAUUCAACGCCACCAGCCAGGAUACAAAGAUGGGUACUACGUUUACAGUCGUAUGAUUUUACAGUCACGUAUAGACCUGGAGCGCAAAAUAUUGCUGACGCACUGUCCAGAUUGACCAUGAACACAAGCCCUAGUACCGAUGAUGCAGAAGAUUAUAUACGUUUUGUGGCAAAGAAUGCAGUUCCAAAUGCCAUCACAAUUCAAGAAGUGGAGAAAGAGUCAGACAAGGAUCCAGAACUUUCCAAGGUUAGAUCUUGUAUAUUGACUGAUGAUCAAUGGGAAUCGGUAGAUGUAGCAUAUAGAUCUGUCAGACAAGAACUUAGUGUUUUGGGAAAGUUAGUAGUUCGUGCUACACGCCUAGUGAUUCCGAAGAUAUUACAGAAGAAGGUCCUGAAUUUGGCACAUGAGGGACAUCAAGGAAUCGUUAAGACCAAACAGCGUUUAAGAAGUAAAGUUUGGUGGCCAAAUAUUGAUAAGGAGGCAGAAAAAGAAUGUCGUACAUGUCAUGGAUGUCAGGUGGUGCAAUUACCUUCUCGUCCAGAACCAAUGGUAAGAACACGUUUACCAGAAUCUCCAUGGGAAAUAACUGCUUGUGAUUUACUUGGUCCAAUAAACAAUAAUAUUUACAUUCUAGCAUAAUCGAUUAUUAUAGUAGAUGGAUUGAAAUAGAUAUUCUGAAAUCUAUUACAUCGUCAAAGAUUGUUCAGUCUUUAGAUCGAAUGUUUCUUACCCAUGGAUUACCAUGUGAGUUAACGUCUGAUAACGGUCCACAAUUUGUGUCUUCUGAGUUUGAGGAGUUUUGUGAGAAGAAUGGAAUUUAUCAUCGCCGUAUAACUCCAUUAUGGCCACAAGCAAAUGCUGAAAUCGAAAGACAGAUGAGAAAUCUAAACAAAGUAAUUAAAAUUUCUUAUGCGCAAGGAGGAAAUUUAGAGGAGGAACUUAACAAAUUCCUAACAGCGUAUCGUACAACACCUCAUGGGACUACUGGAAAAGCCCCAGAUGAGAUGUUAUUCAAGAGACGUCUUCGCACAAAGAUACCUGAAUUGGUUCCUUUUGAUAAAUGUGAUGAAGAAGUACGUGAUAGGGAUGCAGUUCUCAAACAGAAAGGAAAGGAAUAUGCGGAUGACAAGAAGAAUGCAAAAUAUCCUGACCUCAAAGUUAAUGAUAAAGUUCUACUGCAGCAGCGUAAAACGUGUAAGACAACAACUAUGUAUGAACAUGAUCCUUACGAGAUUGUUGACGUGAAUGGUUCACAAGUGACAAUCAAAUCAGGUGAAGGUGUUUGCUACAAACGCAAUUCUUCACACGUUAGAAAAUUUGAAGAAUCAGAUUUACCAUCGGGAAAUGAACAUAUUGACGAGUCGGAACAUUUCAAAGAACCGGACACUAAUGAACAAGUGAUAGAUAAAUCGUUGGUCGUUGCUGAACCAAGACGUUCAUCCAGAAGUACAAAAGGAAGAGCUCCAGAGAGACUUGAUUUAUGAAGAGGCAUCGUAACGAUAAGUACAAACAGUAUAUAUUAGACAUUAAGAUUAUCAAUUAGAAGUUAAAAAUAAUUGUUCUAAAACAUUGUCUUUUGCGAACAGUUAGAUACACUUAACAGUUAGAUACACUUAACAUUUUUAAUUAUAAAAAAAUUAGAAGAAAAAAAGGGAUAUAGUGUUUAGUGAUAAUGUACAGUUAAUAUAUGCAUAAUAGAUUAGUAUGGAUAGUUAGGUAUAAAUAUGGAUCGUAGAAGUCGGCCAUAUUGAUUAUUAUACUUCAGUAACACAUGUACAAGUUAGUAAGUUUUUCUGGUUGAAAUAUAAAUCUCUUAUAAGAAAGAGACACUAAACCCAUCCCUCUAUAAUUCGGUGGAUUAAAGCCUUCCUCUGCGAUCGCGAACAAUGUGUCCGGGUGGGAACUUCUAUGUCCUCUUGGAAGAAAACAAAUGGUGGCUUGCCACAAGGUACAAAGUUGGGUCCAUUAUUGUUUGCUGUUCUCAUUAAUUUCUUACUCAAAAACUGGCCCAGUAGGAUCAAGUUUGUGGAUGACACCUCAGCCCUAGAGAUUAUACCACGUUUUUCAUCCAGUUUAAUGCCAUUAGUCGUAAAUGAAAUCUCGGACUACGCCUUAGAACGUGGAAUUGAACUAAAUUAUAAGAAAUGCAAACAAAUGUUGAUCAACUUUCUUAAAUAUAAAGGAUCUGAUGAUGAAAACCCGAUCUAUGUUGCAGGUAAACCGGUGGAAACUGUGUCCUCUUUCAAGCUCCUAGGUGUAUGGAUAUCAAACGACUUGUCAUGGAAUACUCAUGUCGACAUGGUAUUGAAAAAGGCAAAUUCUCGCUUAUACGCAUUGUCUGUUAAAAAAGGCUGGUCUUCAAGCAUCUCACAUUGUCUAAAUAUAUAUCUCAUUCAUCAGAUCCAGAAUUGAAUAUGCAUCCCCUGUAUGGUCGUCAAUACCCAAAUCAUUAUUUGACAUUCUCGAAUCUGUUCAAAAGAGAGCAUUGAGUACAGCUUAUCCAGAUCUGUUAUAUGAUGAAGCCCUUAAAAUUUCAAACUUACAGUAUCUGAGUACUCGUAGAGACAUCUCUUGCAAGAAAUUCGUCGAAUCUCUGCGACGUGAUGUUUCACCCUACAACCCUUUGACCCAAAUUAUGGAAAUUCGUCCCGGGGUAAAAACUCAUGAUUAUGACUUAAGGAAUGACAGAACGGCCGAACAACCUUUAUGGUCAGAAACCACUGAACGGUUAAAAAACUUCGUGACUAGGAAAUAUUAUUAGCUUUAUAGUUAAUUAACAGUCCCAACUAAAUAAACAUUAUUUUAUAUAAUAUAUAUAUAUGUACAUUUUAAUAUAAAUUUUUAUGCUAUAUUAGUACUCCAUGUAAUUCAGUUUUCCUUUAAAAACUGCAAAUUGGUUUUAAUUAAACAGAUUGAUUGAUUGAUUGAUUGAUUGAUUGAUUCUCACGCCGCCAUUUUUGGGUAGAAUUUCAGCCGAAGUCUGCGAGAUAAGUCCACAUAACAGCGACUUUUUAUAAUUUUUUUGACAUAUGAUGGUAAGUUUGCUUUGUAAAUAGUUAGUUUAUUUUGAAAAAUUGCUUUUCACAUUGUUUUAAUUAUCUGAAUUGGUUAACGAGAAUUGGAUGCCACCCAAAAAUGGCGGAUAUUCGUCAUCGUGAGAAAGGCCAAUUGGAUGAGUUGUACAGUCAUAAUUCAUUAAUACACUGAUACAUAUAUGCACUACAUGCAUACGUCAGGGCGUUGACUUUGGCCCGUUCUAUAUGGUAAGCCCAACUUUCCAUGGGGGUGAUUAGCUAGACCGCUGCACCUCCCCUACAUUUUUUUCCACCUAUUUCCACCAAAAUCCGGCCUUGGUCAAAUCCGUCAUUAUGUAUGACGACGCUCAUAAAGAGUGCUCAAGUGCGUACGUCCAUCAGAAAACGUCAAGUAUUGAAUAUGUAUAAAUUGUCAUUUGUUAUCUGUACUCAAUAUAUAACGGCUGCUUCCCAAAAUGAACAUAUACGAUUUCCCAUUUGACUGGAUCACCAAUACCUUUCGAGAAAUAAGCCAUGUAGGUUCAUAUUUGAGACAUUGGAAAAUUUGCACGUUACUUUAGCGACUUUUACGAAAACAGAACUCCAAUAGAGGCAGAGCACAAUGGUGCAUGCUUUAAUGGAGCAUGCAUGCAGUCUUCUCGUAAACUUUGUAAAGUGGCAUGCUUGCUUAACAAGUUUCCCAAUUCAGUACAAACUCCUAAUACAUUCAAUUUCAGGCUCAAAUAAGGUAAAGUAAAACUGGAGGGCACUUAACAUUGCGUAACUCCCGUUCUCAAUUCAUGCGUAAAUUAUGCAUGCAUAAGUUGCAUGCACGUUCAGUUAUUUUCUGCCCACAACGUUUUCACUUUUCCCAUUCAAUUUUCUCAUCCAAGUUGAACCAGAAUUUGAUCGAUUGGCAUGGUCAUGAAUUACACGAAUUUUUGUAUUAAGCCGCUUGAUAUUUAUUUAUUUAUUUAACUAUUAUUUAUUUUAAAUUAUUUAUACACGGUAGCUUAAAUCAACCAACUUAUUACAAUAAACAGUAUGGAAUGUUUUCUAAAUUCUACUGUAUAAAUAAUCAAAAUGGCCAUGUUUGAAUAAAUUCAUUAUUAUGUCCAUAAAAAUUAUUAGCAUAUAUAGAAAUUAAUUCAUCUAUAUACAAUCAAAUUAUGAUAAACUAAUAUACUACAUAAACUGAGAAAUAUUAUUUUGUCAUUGAUGAAUUGCCUUAAAUACUGUAUCUUGAGUCGCAGUAUAUUGCUGACACGCAAUUGUACAAAGAAACACACCAACAAGCCCAGGUAUCGUAACUUUCGUGGAGGUAAAUGAAGUGAACUAAAAUCAAGUAGAUCAUAGACGUUUUUAGAUGAAGUAAAGGUUCCACUAUAUGCAACUAUAGCGGUAAUUAAGGGCAAAAACUGAAGCGAGGCAGCCAUGGCCCAUGUAGAGAUCAUGAUAAUGAGUGACCAAUUAACAGUCUUGAGCCUGAGGAAGCUUGUCCUCUUUUUAAAUUAAAACUGAUAAUACUGUAUGUAUUAUUUAAAUUAAAUCUUGAAAAUGGAAACAAUGCGUUAAAAAGGUCAGUAGAAAACAAACCAAAAGGCUGAAAAUAUGUAUAAGGCAAUGCACCAUGCAGACUGGCUAGAAAACACACACCGCUACGCCAAGCUGUAUAGAAACUCCACCCCGUCGAUAUUCGAAGUUUUGUGCCCGGAAUGCACCCCGGUUGCAAUCUAGGUAUGAUAUAUAAACUAUGUAAAGUAGGCAUUAGGACCUGACGGGAUUGAAUUUGACCUUGAUAAGACGCUUCAUAGGAACAUUUUAAAACUCGCAACAAACAUUUAAAACCAGCGAAUGUUGAAUGGCUACCGUGUUUAAAUAGUUUUAAUAAACAAUACAAAAGCUUGAAUGUAAAUAAUUAAUUAAAAUUUCAGCAGUUGAACUUUGGGUUGACUAUAAAACUUACACUUUGACUAAUAAUGUGGUAUUAAUUUCGACUGCUUGACCCAGCGAUUAGCCGAUUACCAGGGCUUUAUCCAAGCACUUUUGCUGACCCUCGACUUUUGCUGACCCUCGUUUUAGAAAAGAAGAUUCAAAUUGAAAUUCAAUUUGAAGAUUCAAAUUGAUUCAGAUUUUGAAAAGAAGAUUCAAAUUCAAUUUGAAGAUUCAAAUUGAUUCAGAUUUUUUUUUGUGACGCAGGAAUGUAUAGCCCCGGGGCCGGUUGUGAAAAGAAGAUUCAAAUUCAAUUUGAAGAUUCAAAUUGAUUCAGAUUGUUUUUGUGACGCAGGAAUGUAUAGCCCCGGGGCCGGUUGUAUAAAACUCUUAAUCACUUUUUUAAUCACUAUUUUGUAGUUAAAUAGUGAUUAACUCUCAAAUACGCGCUUCUUAUUGGAUGACGUUUCCACUAACUAUAGUUAACUUUAAUCACUUUUUUAUACAAACGGCCCCUGAGGGUCUAAGGACAAAUCUUAUGUAAGCAUUGCGCAAUACCAAAGAGGCCAUGCAUCGAUGUACUCGUAUUGGAGCGUAUUGUUUCUGCGGCUUUUUCACUCUACCAGCUCAAGGUUGUGUAAAUUUUAGAUUUUAGUUGGAAAAAUUUACUUUCUAUUUGUAAUAUUUGUUAUUCUUCAACCCUCCCAUUUCAUUUUGUGUUGAUAUGAUCGAAAUUUUUAUCAGAAAUCCAAAUAGGCAUGCCAUCUAAGCAUGGUGGGCACAGGACACAACAUAUACGAUGACAGUGAUACGGUAUACAUCAAACAUGUCGUUUUAUUUGGAAAACAACCCAGCUCAAAUAACCCUGAUUCUCGGAAUUUCAAAAACUAAAGCGUGCGAAAAUGAUUUUUUGUUGUUUUUUUCUUCUUUUCGUUGGGGAAAGAUUCAGUUUAAAAACUCAAUCCAGGAUUGAGUUUUGACCUCCGUUUACCGGAGGUCAGUUGGUGCCUGAUUACCAUUUGGCACGGAAAAAAACUGUAACGAAAACGCUUCCGCAUUGAAAAUAUUUCUUUUUCCAGGUUUAUUCGGAGGGCAAGAAGUUAUUGGAGCUUGUAUUUUUGGUGCAAUGUGUUUAUUAUACAAUCUUUUAAUUAAAUUUGCUAUAGCGUUAAAAGUUCUAUCUCUGUCAGUAGAUUAACUCUUCUUGUAUACUACGGUUGUGGAAAUAUUUACAUUGGACUAUAUAUGCAUUUUAGGGUAUUACUGUUCGUCAUUGUCCUUUAAAAGGUUGUUGUAUCAUCACAAGGAUCAUUGAUGGCGGAACUGCGAGCAGAAGUGGUAAAUGUUCUUUUUCUUUCUGACUAGGAUAAGUUUUUUUCAUGAAAGAUUAUCCAAUACUUGUCGAACCUAUUCCGUCGAUAGUGUUUGUGGAUUUCGUGAAUCAGUAUGAGCUAUCGCACUGUGAGUGGUUGCGGGAGGUCGGAUCCUUAGAAUCUAAGUCAAUCAAGUCCACCUUAUCACAACCCGCACACCCGAUUAUCUAUAUAUACAUGAACUUACGGUUACAGCUCAACAGCUGGCCUCUGUAGGUCAGUUGGUUAGAGCGCUGCACCGGAAUCGCAGGGCCGUAGGUUCAAUUCCUACCAGAGGACCUUGUGCUUACGCGAUUUUUCGCAGUCGUUCCUGGUUAGGUCUUAAAAUGUAUAUUUUCUCACUUGGAUUACCAACCCUAACAUCCUGGUUUUAGAAUAUAUUGAUUAUUGCACUUUAUUACAUUGAAUUUUAGACUUCGGGCAUUGCUUCCCCUUACUCAGGUGUAAAUCGUACACUCGACACGCGCUGACGCAAUGUGGUUCGGGCGCGAAUCGGUGAUUGAAUAAAGCCUUGUUGCGUAAUGAUCUGGGGCCCGUUGUAUAAAAAAAGUGAUUAAAGUUAACUAUAGUUAGUGGAAACGUCAUCCAAUAAGAAGCGCGUAUUUGAGAGUUAAUCACUAUUUAACUACAAAAUAGUGAUUAAAAAAGUGAUUAAGAGUUUUAUACAACCGGCCCCAGAAUAAUUUCUGCCAUCUCUGUAUUUUUGAAAGGUGUACUUGAAAUUGGUGAUGAAAUUUACGAAAUAAACGGAGUGAGUGUGAAAGGAGCUCGGAUUGAAGAUAUUUUGACCCUUUUGGUAAGUUUUUCUUCAGGUAGACAAAAUUAUAUAUGAGUGCAAUGUAGGCAGUGUAUGUUGAGUAAAUAUCUAAGUGAGCCGAUCGUCAGAUACAAAGACAAUAAUUCUUUCAAUUACUGUCCCGACCGAAGAGAAAGCUACGUGUUUGAUUCACGAACAACACCCAAAUUAACUGAUCCAUCUUUAACGUCAUAUCUUUCUAAACGUUUCCAUGAUAAGAACGGAAUACUUGAGUACGGGGCAUAAUCAUAUGGCCUUAAAAUUGAAUGAAAGUAAACCAAAGAAAAAGCUCAAUCGAAUAGUUUUUAUGUUUACCAGGGGCGGAUCUGUUCUGAUUUGGUAGAGGGGGUUGAGAUUUUCCUGAGGGGGUUAAUUACUACGGGGUUCCGGGCCCUGAAAUGCCGUUUCCUGCAUUCUGAGCAUGCACUACCUUUUAUUCAUGGUCGGAUUUUGAGGGGAGGUGCGCACCUCCCCUGAGAUCAUUUUGCACAUCCCCUGAAAAGUCAUGCACCUGCCCUUGGGGAAGUUUCAAUAACAGAAGUUUCAAUGAUUUUGGUUGCUUAGGGUCUACAAUUCGUAUGAAAAUUUUUCUGUAAAAUUGAAACAGUGAUAUCUUCAUCUCUGUGUCAAGUACCCUUUUAAUGUUUUGAAAGAAACUUUGUAGUAAUUGUAAUGACGGGCAAAAUUGGAUGAGUUGUACGGUCAUAAUUCAUUAAUACACUGAUACAUAUGUACAGUACAUGCAUACGUCACGUCGUUGACUUUGGCCUGUUCUACAGUAAGCCCUGACUUUCCAUGGGGGUCGUGAGCUAGACUGCUGCACCUCUCCUAAAUUGUUUCCACCUCCCCACUGUUUCCACCAAAAUCCGGGCUUGCUUUUAUUUGUUGAAUUUGUCCUCACAGUACUUGUAUUUCGGGCAAAAAUGAGAAAAACUACUACGUUAUAUGUUGACCCGCCGUAUUGGUGCUUGAAUAUUUUUCGCUUUUUUGAAAAUCAAUUGUUUCAAUAUAAUAAGUAUAGUAUAGACAACUCAAAUAUGGAAUACCAGAAUUUUCUUCAAAUAGGGAAUACCAGAGUGGAGAACAUAUGAUAUGGAGAACCAGAGGUUUCUUUACCAUGUUAUUUUGUAUUUUUUUGAAUUUAUCUUUAGCAUUUUUCCAUAAACAGUGUGUCGCUGAAAGUCGUUCCCGCAUUGGAAAUUAUCAGAACGUUUCCUCGUGAAAAUAAGGUUUGUAUUAAAUAUAAGUAAUUUAAUUAUCAUCGUCUUUUCUACGGCAGCAGGGGUGGUCACCCCCCUUCCGUGCUCCCAGAGAAUGUUAGCAGCUCUACUAUAAAACCCCUUCCGACUUCAAUUUUCAUGUUUUCGUGUUUGAUCGUUGAUAUGCUGUAAUCAAUCUCACUCCCAGGCUCCCCCUUCUACCGGCCAUUAAUUUGUUGUGAAAGAAUGGACCUGCUGAAAAAUAUACACCCAUUGUUACACAGGGUAUCCCGAGAAAAUGCAAUAAUUUUUACACCGCUACAGUAAUUAUGUAGGAAACUAAUUAUGUAUGUAUCGAAAAUGUAAUCUAAAAGAUCAAUUUUGACACUAAGAUUAUUACAAUUGGUGAAGUAGAACCAAUGUUGUGGCUGUUUAAAUUAAGGGGUCACCAAACCUAUUGGUAUAUACUGAACACAGUCCAUGCAUUAUUUCAAUGACUUACAUGCAUAUAUACUGGGUGAACCAGACUUUGUUUUAAAACAGCCAUAUAAUAUUGGUUCUCCAUAGCCAAAAUGACGUACUUUCUUGAAAGGUGUAUUCAGCAACUUGUUAGGAAAUUGUGAGUGAAAACUUGCAGCAAUUUGACAACAUGACAACGUCGUUACAACUUGUUGACAAACUUGCUACAAGCCUGUUGCGAACGCAUUUUUUGGUAAGAUGUCAGAUUUUUACGUGUGUGUAUAGACCAAUUUCAAUAAUCUUGGUAUCAAAAUUUAUCUCUUAGAUUAAAUUACUGAUACCCACUUAUACUUUUCUUUAAUGCACCAAUUCGUUAAGCAAAUAUUCUAAGACAAUUAAGAAAACAACUAUGACACACACAAUGUUGUGGGAGAAGGGUUGUCGAGGUGAAAUGCUCCGAUUAUACUUUAAACUGUGGCCUAAGUGUCGCCCCAUAUAAUUAUAUGUCCUCAGGGGUUGUGGUUCCCCCAGUUUGGACUUUACCCAAGGUGUAGUAGAUCCCCGAGGUGGGCAUCCUAAAUGUCCAAGGGGUAAUGGAUCCCCGUGAUGGUCAUUGUUUACUUUAAUGUCCAAGGGGUAGUAGAUCCCCGUGAUGGUCAUUGUUUGCUUUAAUGUCCAAGGGGUAUUAGAUCCCCGUAAUGGUGAUUGUUUACUUUACAAUACACUGUAUAAUACAUUGAUUUGUGUGAGUCUAUGGGAUUGAGGGUGAACUUUGGGAGCACUCCGUCCCCAAACAACCAAAUAUUUUUAUUUUUACAACCUUGCAAAGUCAAUUCCAAUACUGUAUAUUACAAAAUAUAGAUGUGCCUGUAAUAACAUAUUAACCAGUAACUAUACUCCAUAAUACUUUAUCUAUAACACAACAUGAAUUGCAUUUCAUGUGAAUCUUGAUGACGGAUUGCAUAUCGAAACAAUAUUUACCGAUUUUUAUUUGUUUUGUGAUACCAGUUAUGAUAUAGUGGUGCAAAAUCCUUGAAGGGUGGGAUGGGUGGUAAUUUCGAAGUACUUUGCCGCAGAGGUCAUACAAUUAUGCUUGCAAGUGACACAAUGAGGCUUACUGAUCCAAGAAGGAAACUAUGCAGACGAAGAGGUGAAACCUGAUUGGUCUAUUUUCCCGCAUGCAUGGGAAGAGAUUUGACAAUGGUUUGUUGUUAAUUCAGCCUUGCGCUUUGCACAUGUAUGACCACAUGAUUCACAGAUUGACCUUUGUACCAGACCUUUGUACUCCAGGAGACUUUGCAUAACUUUACUCUUGUCCUAACGCUUGUUUCAUAAACUUAAGUUUAUAAUGCUAUGGGCAUGUAUAAACUUGCUGUGUAUAGCUAUUGUAUUUUUUCUGGACAUUCUAUAUUUUGUAAUAUAUUUAAUACACAGUAGCCUUUUUACCUUUCUAUUACUUUAGAUGUUUUAUGUAAAAUGUCAUUUCGCAUACAAUCCACGUAAUGAUUCGUUGCUACCGUGUCAAGAGGCUGGCUUGGCUUUUGGCAAAAAUGAAAUUUUGCAUGUAUUUGAUCGCACUGAUACCUGGUGGUGGCAAGUAAGUAUGACAAUAGACCAACUUAUAACUUGGUAAUGCAAAUUUUCCAUUUCACUGUUUAUUUACACUUUUAAGAAAUGUAAUAUUUUGGUUUCAGUGUCACGCUAAUCAGAAUACAUUGUUGCGUACCUGAAUGUCAUUUAACUGAAAAACAUCUCUCAAAAGUGUAAAUAAACAUUGAAAUGAUGGGCAAUUUGCAUGCCAAGUUAAGUUGGUUGGUUGGUAAUUCUUAUACAACUAGAAUUUCGGGGAAAAUAUAGACCGUGUAAGGACCAAUUCAACUACAGUAAUAACUAUUUUAGAACUAUAGCGACGUUACUUCUCUGAAUGACCACGUGGGUUGACAUUCUCUUGCUACGUGGGUUGGCAUUACCUAAAUGAUUGCAUCAAGCCGCCGUGUUCUAGACGAUCUUCAAAUAUAUCAUCCUUCGAACAGAUCAUCCAGACUUCCUAACGGCUACUGCACCCACCGCCAAAUCCAAUACAAUAACAGUGUACAAAUAUUCAUUUUAUCGCAGAACAAAUAUUACAUGGCAUCAUACCCCAUUUAAUCCCUCCUCUAAACCCAUUCUGAGACAAUUACUUCUAUAUAUAUAUAUAUAUAUAUAUAUAUAUAUAUAUAUAUAUAUAUAUAUAUAUAUAUAUAUAUAUAUAUAUAUAUAUAUAUAUAUAUAUGAUGGUAUACGAAUGUGGUUUGGUUCACGAAAUGCCAAAGAGUGCUCGAUAGCAUAUAGAUUAUAUAUAUAUAUAUAUAUAUAUAUAUAUGAUGGUAUACGAAUGUGGUUUGGUUCACGAAAUGCCAAAGAGUGCUCGAUAGCAUAUAGAUAUAGAGCAGGAAUAGUCGUUUUACUUCAGAAAGGUUGCCACAACAGCCUGUUUUAUCCAAGAGGAAUUAUCAGGUGACUCCUGAGGCGAUCCCAUGAUUCCUCUUGGAUGAAACAGCCUGUGUGGUAAAACGACUAUAUAAUGGUAAUAACGUAUAAGGUUUCAUCACGAAUGUAGUCUCGUUUUUGUGGGUAGCCGCGCAUGCGCAGCUAACCACUAUGUGAGAGACUGAAGCGCGAUCUUCCGUUUCUCUGUGGCUCUGUGGCGCUGUGGCUGACUCUUCCACAGUCCCUAACACUGCUUCUAACGCAAAGGACCAUGGGAAUGCCCCGAGGCGUUUUGUUAGGGACUGUGAAAUAUUGUGUCUGUUUCUUGGCAAAUCUGUCCAUUUCUCGGCAAAUGCAUAAAUUUUGAUAAUGAGCGAAGAUUUGGACGAGAGGUUGCCUUUGCAAGACUUAGAAAGCAUCUGGUCGGGUUCAGAGGAAGAUUUGGAGACGUCUAUGCAUAAUCUAUCGCUGAAUGACGAGGAUUAUGGUAAGUGUUGACAAAUGGAUACAAGCCAUGAUAUAAUUUCUGUUGGAAAUAUCGCAAUAUUUGCAUAAACCGCUUUUUAUAUUGUCAUUUUUGUGCAGGGCAUAUAAUUUCUGUUGGAAAUAUCGCAAUAUUUGCAUAAACCGCUUUUUAUAUUGUCAUUUUUCGUAAUAUUUGCAUAAACCGCUUUUUAUAUUGUCAUUUUUCGUCACAUCAGAUAAUGAUAAACGAAGAACAAGCACUCCUAUACAAGAAAUACAUCAGAUAAUGAUAAACGGAGAACAAGCACUCCUAUACAAGAAGGAAGGCAACGUGAAAAGCCCCGCGCAAGGAAAGCACACAUUGACUCCUACAUCAGAUAAUGAUAAACGGAGAACAAGCACUCCUAUACAAGAAGAAGGCAACGUGAAAAGCCCCGCGCAAGGAAAGCACACAUUGACUCCAUCAACAAAGCAAACUCCAUAUUUGCCACCGUUGAAGAGAGUUUGUGUUGGUAAGUUUUAAAAAUAGUUUCAUAUAUUCAAAAUUAUAUAUCUCUUUGAACAAACUUUAUCGCGUGCGAGAUUUCAUUGGAUUUAUAAUUUAUUAAAUAGCUUAUAAUAAUUCAAUUGUUCAGGAAAAUCCCUAUCAGGGAAACAACGAUUGGAUCAAAGAAAGGCCACUACAAUUGUUUAAAAGAUGGUUUUGAAUUGCACGACAACAGUCAAACACCUAAUGAUACGGUUGUGGCAUAUCUGGGCGACGAUACUGUCAUAAAAUCACGCGUAUAAACUCGAGCAGUAAAAGAGCCUUUCCUUGGAGUCUACAUCAAGAGGUAUAGAAAAGAUAACAAAAAUCAGUAUCCUUUUUAUAAAUCUAUAUUAUGCAAUUAAACCAAUUAUAUUGUAUAUAUUACAAUAAACUAUCAGGCGUUUGAAUAUCAAUAACAUUACAUAUAUUAUUAGUAACACCUGGUUCCUUUCUAAUGUCAACAGAUACCUGUAGUACUGUAAGAGCCAGUGUUUUAAACUGCUAAAUGUUUUAAUUUGCUUGCAGCAUGAGUACAACUUUGUUUGUUAAACUUUGUGCUGCCAGUUAUAUGAAGAGAAACAAAUUCUCAAAUAUUUCAUAUCUAGAAUGGUUGGUGUAAUUCUAUUAAAAAUUACGGUCAGAAAUAAAUUUUCCAUUGUCAUUGAAUCUGUUUAGAACCAUUGAUUCAAUCCUUUUAGAACCAUUGGUUCCAAUUUCUGUAACAAUAAUUGUAAAUAUACAAUCAUUUAAAACGUUUUUCCUUCACUGAUAAAUUAACAGAGUGUUUUUUUAUUAACCUAUGGGAAAAGUGUAUUGCUCAUCAAUUUUCUGACAUUAAACAUGAUGAGAUUGAAUCAAAUAGUAUGAGUAUAUUCUAUUAUAUAUCUGAUAAAUCUAAUGUAUAUACAGGGACGCCGGAAAUGGGGGAGCAGGAGGGGCAGCCGCCCCCGUUGCCCUUUACCAGGAGGGGCAAGGGGGCAAAGGUGCCCUUCAAUUUAUAGAAUUGCCUUGGGGAAAUAGCGAAUUGUUAAAAAUUUUAGUGUGAUUCUUUUACGAAUUUGCUUCAGAAAACGCAACAAAUGCAGUCAUCGGGCUUCAAGAAUAACACAAUCGCCUGGCUGAGAACCUCCUCACACCCCUAUCAUCCAAUAAAUAGAAAACAUGAUUAGGCGAAGUUCAACUCCCGAUGUUUUGCAAACAUCUCUCAGUAUAUAUCAAUUCAAAAGUGCCCUUUAGCAAAAAUCUGCCCCCCUUGCUUUCACAUUGUUCCGGCGUCCCUGUGUAUAUAAUUAUAAUAAAUUCUCCCAAGCCCCCCCAGCCACGAAUAGGCCUCUGACUACAUACAGUAUGUGUUAUUAACCCUUUAAGUGGCAAUGCACUCUGAUGCACCCUAAUUCAGAAUUUUACUCUGUCUAAUGUCAGACAAGCAUACUGAAGCAUUCUUUCUCACGUCAUUGAUUUUUGUAAUGGGUCAUUCCAGAAAACAUCGAUCCAUACCACCCCCACAGAGGAAAUAGGAAGCUAACCCCCCUACCCCCUUCGUAUGAUCCGUUCCCUGAUCAACUCAAGGCAGCACAUUUUAUUUUAAGGAGGUUCUUUUAAUAUGUUCCAGGUAGGAAAACAGUAGAAAAGUUUGGUGAUCCCAAAAAGGCGUCAAUUUCCACUAACAAUGUUGAUUCUUAUGCAAGUGGGAAAAGGAAAGUUCUGGCCACUUUCAACUGAAAAUAGUGUAUGAAAUAAUGAAUGAAUUAGAUGUUAAUGAGUCUGAUGAUGAAAAUAUUGGAAGUGAAUCAGAUUAAAAGACAAAACCUUUACUGUACACACAUCCCACUCGUAUUUUAAUGUAGCAAUAAUUUUUUACAGUUGUGAAGGGUUGUUUUGUGUUAAAUCAUGGAUAAUAAAAUAAAUUUAUUUUAUUAUCCGUGGUUAAAUAGAGCAUGUACAUGUAAUUUAACUUGAGUUAAUCUGCUAUGACUAUGUAUAGACUCUCCAUAAUGAUGUUGUUUUUUUUACUCUGAGUGGAUAUCCUCACCGGACAGGCUGAAAAGUUUGCAUGGUCAUGCGGUGGGACAACUACCUUGUCCAAUGUUCUGCCAACUGAGCUACAAGGCAAAGAGGGGACUUGGUGGGGAUUUAUAAUAAUAAUAGUUUCAAAUGGAACAAAAUAUUAAUAUUUUAAAAUGUGGACGGUUUAUGCGGCGCGCAGCCCGGAGAUUGUCAGGGAGAUAUUAUGCAGGAGAUAAAUUUACGCACACGACUUACAAUUAUCCCCCAGGGGGUGGGGCAUUUUUUGUUUUUUGCUAGAAAAUUUUGUCCCAUAUUGUGGGGCAUUUGUCUGUUUUGGUACGGUAUUCAAAGCCAAUCCCCACCUAUAUCCCGGGGUGGGGGGGGGGGUCGGGGUUUACUUUGACUGGUGCAUAACAUUGAUAAAAGCUGUGAUUAUAUCUUACAAAUUUUAUGGCCUUGAUGCUGUAUUUUCAAAUAUUUUCUUAAGAUAAGUUUUCUUCUUGCAAAGAAUUAUGGUAAAGUCAACAUGCCCCCAACAUUACGGUCGAUUUACACUUUCUUCUGUAGAGGCUUUGUGUUUUAAUUUGGGUUUUUUUCGAAGUUUGCAGGCAGAAUAGUUGAGAGGCAGAGCGUGGGACUUGAAAAAAUCCAAAACAAAACACAAAGCCUCUACAGAGGAGAGUGGUCAAUUUAAAAAGAGAUAUAUUUAAUAAAUCUUAAAGUUUCUUCGCCAAACAUACGUUUCAUGGUCAAAGCUGAAUUCUUCGUAUCUUGCGGCACCAUCUGUCGGUUGUGAACAGUGCGGAAAUGAUGCGCAAGUCCACUUUCUUUAAAAAACGAAAGUUUUCCAGGCAUUCAGCCAUCGGACAAACAACUUUAUUCGUCAGAUACGCCUCGUGAAACGGCCUUGAAAAUAUUUCGUCCCUUUCUCGCUCUUCGAUAAACAGCGUCCGCCAUUAUAACGUCCGCCAUCUUGAAUUAGGAUUUCCCAGUCGCUUCCCUCGCCGUCACAUUCCCAUCACUCAGCGCGCGUUGGGUCAUUCAACGCGCGUUAGGUAAGCGACUGGGGACGAGUCAGGCGCUGUGGCUCUGUGGCGCUGUAGCCUUCGUGUCCGCGGUGUCCUGCUGCGCGGUUCCUUUUAUCCUUGAAAUACGAACCGUCUAUAGACCACAGGCUAAGUUCACUAACGCUCAUACCGUACAGAGAUGUGUAUAAAUUCUUAGUAAAGUCUUUAUUGUAAUAUGUUUUGUCAGGUCGAUAGUCAUUUCCAACGCAUAUAGAAUCGAAUAUGUCGUUGUUUUUAUAAUCACUGCUUGUACAAGGGUCAUUGCGGUUAAUAUUAGCGCACGGGGUCUGUUUUAUAUCGUGUAAUGUCAUAUUUAAACACGACAUAUCAGUUUGAUCAAACAUUUUAUACGUAUUAGAAAAAUAUAGUAAUUAGUGAUAUAGCGCGCGACGUUUGGACAUAUUUACGUUAGUCUAUAUCGAAGGAAUGUUGACGAAUGACGAACAUAUAGGUAUAUAGAAUCGAGUAUGUCGUUGCUUACAUAAUGUUUGUAAGGCCACGUCAUUGGAAUCGGGUUAGUCGAAUGUGUAAGUUAAGGCAAAGAGAAAGCCAAGCACGGUUUACACAAGGAUUAAAUUAGGCAGUGGAAUAUUAGCGCUUUUUUACUUAGGGAUAUAUUUGUCGAAUAUUGAAAGCAAAUUGAAUGUCAUUACCAAUAUAUAUGAGAUCGAUUAUGUCGUUGUUUAAAUAAUUCAAUCAUCACUGUACUAAAUAAAUAUAUGUUGAUCUUUUUCAAACUCCGCUGGAAAACAUCGUCCUUAGAUCUUUGCAUGGACUAUCCUUGAAACUCAAACUUCACGAAAAUUGUAUAUACGCAGCCUAUAAACCUGAUGCUUUGUCUUUGAUGUAUGCUGUCCUUGAACAAGAACUGUUCUUGUCUUAAGUGUUUUUCGUACUGUCUGUAUUUCGGCGUGUGAUGUAUUUUGUUUCGUAUACAUAUUAAAGACCUUGUACUGUUCUGUCUGUUCAGUGUGCAAAUUAUUUUUGACACAUUAAAAUACUUUGUAACUUCUUAAAUCUGUUUAUGCUUAUUGAAAAAUGCACGUAACAGUCGUUUACGUAUUUUUGUCAUAUCUGAUGUUCAGUAUGUGAUUAAAUGUGUGUAUAAUAUUUGAAUUGUGUUCAAUUUACUUAAUACUUUCCUUCAGUAAAUUCGGAAUUUGACAAUAGCAAUUAAGGUGGAGUAAUAUACUAAUAUGGGCAACAAAAUUGCAGCAACUUGCAACAAAAUCUGAUUUCUGCGCAUGUUAAUUGAAAUGUUUUGUCAACAUUUCUACUUAAAAUGCGUUGAAAUCAGAUUUUGUUGCAGAAAUUUUGGCUGCAGCAAUUUUGUUGCGCGUAUUACUCCAACCUCGGUAUUACUCCAGCUUUAACAAUUAAUGCAGGCUACCCACAUGUACGCAGCGCGUGUCCAACCUCGGUAUUACUCCAACUUUAACAACAAUUAAUGCAGGCUACCCACAUGUACGCAGCGCGUACCUAUUUUUUACGUUUUGACGUCAAAAAUAACCCUUUUUCGGGAGACAGUGUUAUAGUAAGCAUCCACGGUUUUAUAUUGUGAUAUAUAUAGAGGAUAUUACACGGCGGCGCGAAGAUAUGACUUUUAUCUUCGAGUGGUGAAAACAAUAUUUUACGAACAAGCGCAGGGAGUGAGUAGAAUAUUGUUUUUAACACGAGAAGAUAAAAGUCAUAUCUUCAAGCCACCGUGUAAUGUUUUGUUUAAAUACUAAAUACUAAAAUUGUAUAAAAACUAAAAGUCACGUGGUGAUCGAUAUCUUCACUAAUGAAAUGGAAAAUAUCUCACUGUGUAUUUUUCAGUAUCUCACUCUCUACUAUAAAAUAAAAGUAUAAAACUGACUUCUCCGCAGAAACUUUGAUCUAACUUAGAAAUUUUGCACUGUGGACCGAUAAAGAUUAUAUACUAUAAUACACUUAAUGUCUGCUCCCGAGGGAAAUAGUUUUGUGUUCCCGAGAAUCUCAAUCGGUUUCCCAAGACGAAGUCGAGGGAAACAUUAAGAUUCGAGGGAAAACAAAACUAACUAUUUCCCUAGGGAACAGGCAUUAAGUGUUUUGUUAUAUAGCGACGAACAAAAAUCAACUUCAACAACAUUCAUACAACAAUUGUAUCUCGUGACGAAAACUCUAUAGUGUAAACGAGUUAAAAUUAAAAGAACCUACUUAAACGGUUUCAGCAGCAUAUCCUGUUGCCUGUUGUGUAUUUUUCUUCUCUUUUAUAUUCUUUAUUUGAACACAAACUUGGAAAAUCGUAGUUUCUAAUUAUCUGAGUUGUGCCGCCAUUUUGUUUAUUUAUGUACGUGGCCGGUCGGGGCGGGCAACAAUUUUUCACUUGUUGCCCGGCGGGAAACAUUACAUUUAUCUGAAGUCACGUGACCACAAAUCAGCCAAUUACGUUUGGUGUUCACGCUAGCUAUAUAACAAAUAUUAUUAUUCCUUCUUUUUAAUUGCGAGCAUCUAAUCCUAAAAUGUUAUAAUGCAGUACAAAAAUCAUGACGUGAAUACGUGCAGUAGGAAGUAAACAAAUCAAGUCGGAUUUAUCAAAGAGUUUUACAUAUAAUUGCUAUACGUUUGUUUCUCAGGCAAGAAAAGUGGGAUGCCGCUCAGAGCAAACUGGACUUAUUCCGAGUCAAAUAUUGCAGGAAAGGUAACAAACAUUAAAUAUGACGGUGGUAGAGCAAACUCAAAAAGUUAUGCUAUUUCUUCGAUUAGCCCAAUUAUGACAACUCUAUCAGUAUAAUCCCCGAGCCAACGGCGCCGAGCGCCGUGCGAGGGUACCAAUUCCGCCUGGCUAUUUACCCCCGGGGAAAGGAAAGCAUUAGCGAAGACUAAAGUUCAUCAAUCAUCGCGGGCGUGGGUGACCAACCGUGGGUGGUUAUCCUCACUGGUCAAAUUGAAAAUGGUUAAAUUGGUUAGCCUGAUUGGUCAAAUUGAAAAUUUGCAUUAUAACGACUGCGUGGAAAGAAUUGCUAAAAGAAGGGAGUAAAGGCGCCGACGUUAACGAAGGUUUGUUUUAAAUAAUGAUGUAUUGUUUGCUAACAUAAUUGCUUAAAAAGCCGAUCGUUGCGUAUAAUGAAACAAGGCAGCGUAUAAUUUCAAUGUAUUUCCCUUUUUAAUUAUAUUAUUUUUUUUAAAUAAAUGAGAAAGUUAUUUGCAUGCGAGAAUUUGAACUCAGUUUAUUUCAAACUCAAAGUUUAUCAGUAAAGGCAGUUUAGUUUUAUAAAGAACACUUUAAAACGUUUUGCGAGACGUUUGUGGUUGAAUUUUACCUUAAAUUAUUUUAAAUUGAAGCUUAUAUUAUGUAUAAUAAAUAAUAACAUACCUAACAUAUAUAUGUGUCUGGGAAAUUGAUAAUUUUGUAAUUAAUUGUAGAUAAUGUAAUGUAGAUAAUUUUCAUUUGUAAAAAAAUAUUUAAAUAAUUAUCGUGUUACCAUGACAACUACUUCAAAUAUUUCACCGUUCGGAAAAUACAAUGGUUUUGUCAGCAAGGGGAGGGUUUCUGCAUUCAUGUAUUUUCUAGUUUAUUUGUUACAAUGAUGUUUUUUAUGUUACUCUGAGUGUGCACCCACACUGGGCAAGCUGAAAAGUUUGCCUGACCAGGGUCGGAAUCGAACCCGCGACCUUUGGGAUAUUUGGGAUACUAUAGAUUAUUUAUUGCAACCUAGGAAAUAUUUGCAUGGCAAACAUUUUGGCCGGCUAGGUUUAUUUUAAACUGGAUUUUUAAAGAAAAAUAGACAUGUUGAUUUAUGACAAUCAAAUUUCUUUCACUAAUUCGUUUUAAUUGAAGAAACACUAAAUUGUUAAAUAAGGCAAGUUAUAGCGCUAAUUUUUGUUUUUGAGGUAAUUUUGCUUACUUGCAUCAUCAAGCCUCAUUUUUAAAACUUUUAGAUUGCUUAUAUUGUAAUGAUGAGGCGUUGUACUUUAUAUGGUAUUGCUAGUGUUUCCCCCAUGCAAUUAUUUUUCUUAAUUAAACCGCCAAGUAACAUAUUGAACAAUGAAUAGCUCUAUCAGUUUCGAACAGGUCUCGCAAUAUAAGUCCAGUAAUUGACCAGUGUUGCUAAUUAAUUCUUUGAGUGCCUGGCGGAAACUUGUGGUGUUUGUUAAAAAAGCAUUCUUCUCUCAUACAAUUGGAGGUGAAAUUAUAUUUAGACAAUCCUUAUUGUAUGAAUCAAAUGACGCAUUACAGGCAUAUGCAUAUAUAAACCAUGCACUGUGCCAUCUCCACCUAUUUCUCUUAUUUCAAAUUGGUGAGAAUCCUUAUUAAUGUCUUAAUAUUUUCACAAGUAUUAAUGUUAUAUUCUCUAUGUACCUUUUUAGGAGACUGUAUAAAGCAAAUCUAGAGAAGGCAUUAAAAAACAAGUGUUUACAUAGCAAAAGUGAGUAUACCUUGUAAUAAAAUCACAGGCUUGUGUAGGCUAUGUUCAAAAUUGCAAGAAUUAUAGCGAUAUGCUGUUCGUGUUGGGUGUGAUAAACUGUAGUUAUUUAUUGAGAGUUAAUCAGGGAUGAAAUGAAGCAUCUAGCAUAAAUGAACCGCACUCUUUGUAAAGUUAUUCCUGAGUCGUUGAUUGAACUUACUGCACUAUUCAUUUCUGGUACAUUGUGUAAAAUGUGCCUGGAAAUGAACUUGUUUUUCAAAAAUAAACUUUCUGUUUUUUAGAGUAUGAAAAUAUUUUUUCAACCAUGGCUAAGAGAAAGAAAUUUAAGAAAACGAAGAUCAUGUACUCAUCUAACUACACAAAUGGUAAGAUAACUAUGAUAGUCAAUCAAAAGAAGCUUAGCCUUAGUUUCUGAGUAACCGUAAGCAAUAGCGGAAGUGCAUGCCAAUCGCAUUAAUUAAAUAGUGAUAAUUACGAAAUGGAACUAUCGUGGUCUUGAUACCGUAGAGUCCCUGAAUUUCAACUUGCAGACACUAUAGUGGUUGUUCAAAAUUGCAAAGAUACAAAGUACAACUAACACCACACCCAACCAUUAUACUCUCAGUGCUUCAUUACUCCAAAUCAGAAAAGUUUCUGAUCUUUCUUUCUGAAACUUUCAGAAAUCUAUUAAUACUAAUAGAUCUACAAAUUAUUAAACAUUCGUGUCAAAAUUUUCCUCAAAAAAGCUAUUGCAGAAGAAACUGAAAUGAAUUAACUGUGUUUAGAACCGAUCUUAACUUGCUUAGAACUUUACAGUUCAUUUUAACAACAGUUGACUCUCUAUUAAACGGCCGCCCUACAUUCAAAUGGCCAGGUAUUAAAGUCCCAAAAUAUUCCCAUACAAUUACUAUAAAAUAGUCCUCCAUUAAGCAGCAGUUUUUAUUAAACAGCCGCGACCACAUUCCAGUAGCCCGAAUUAGUUUUUUGUUUUGUAUUUGCUCUCUAGUAAACAACCACGUAUACACAUAUUUUAUCAACAAUUCCAACGUAUUAAGAUGAAAAUGUUCUAGAGUGUGUAUUAUAUAAUUGCCAUACCCAGCGCAAGCAGAAAGAUAUUGUCUGCCGCGGCUGGGUCUUGAACCCGCGACCUUCGAAUUACUAGAUCGACGCUCUACCAACUGAGCUACACGGUCAGACGGAUUUUAAGACUGGAAAUUAUGAAAUUUAUACUGAAUGUCAUAAACAUACUCGUUUAUAUUAAUUCAGCAUCGAACAAUACUAGUUCUGCAAGUGUUAUGUUAAGUUGUGUAAUUGUACACUCCGUAAUAUGUUAAGAUGAAAAUGUUCUAGAGUGUGUAUUAUAUAAUUUCCAUACCCAGCGCAAGCAGAAAGAUGUUGUCUGCCGCGGCUGGUUCUUGAGCCCGCGACCUUCGAAUUACUAGAUCGACGCUCUACCAACUGAGCUACACGGUCAGACGGAUUUUAAGACUGGAAAUUAUGAAAUUUAUACUGAAUGUCAUAAACCUACUCGUUUAUAUUAAUUCAGCAUCGAACAAUACUAAUUCUGCAAGUGUUAUGUUAAGUUGUGUAAUUGUACACUCCGUAAUAUGUUAAGAUGAAAAUGUUCUAGAGUGUGUAUUAUAUAAUUUGGGUAUGGAUAUGAGUGUGUAUUAUAUAAUUUGGGUAUAUAUAUAUAUAUAUAUAUAUAUAUAUAUAUAUAUAUAUAUAUAUAUAUAUAUAUAUAUAUAUAUAUAUAUAUAUAUAUAUAUAUAUAUGCCUAAACACGGUAUAUUGCUUUCUUUAGAUUUCGAAACAGUAUCAAUUCUUGCAUAUGAGGAGGUUAUUCAACUGACGCCAUCAUCUGACAUACCAAGACCUGUUGUUCUUGUUGGUAAGCUAUGCAGGCUUGUUUAAACGUCGGAUUUUGCAUGUAUUGAUUUAAAAGCAUACGUCUCCAAAUUUGUCUUGUUUCCUUUUGAGCAUGCAUGCCCAAGCUGAAUCCAAUUCGACGUAUGCAAACAUCAGACAUAACUGGCGUCAAUUUCUUCCCUUGCUCCCCUCCCCCCUCCCUUGCUUUUCUUUAUUCAUUUGUAAGCAGGGCUCGAAGUAACGGCCAAUGAUCGGCAGGAAAUUGUUUUUGAUCGGCGAAGAAGCAACGUUGCCGUUCAACUUGAUCCGCAAGAAAUAUAUUUGACCAUUCUCUGAAGAACAUGCUUACCUGUACGCGGUAAAAGACAAAUAAAAAUAAUAUGAAACAUAUUCAAAAACACGCGAAAAACUCUUGUUUAGUUGAUACGAGUCAUACGACAGGCCGCAAUGCUAUGAAGUAUUGUCGUCUCAUCAACAGUCUGCAAUCCGAACCACUGACGACGAACGUCUUUGUCAUAAUAAUUUCAAAUUGACAGGAUUUUGAGAGUAGUAUUUUUUAUUUUUAGUAGGUUUUUCUCUUUCAAUAUUAAAUAAGUUUUAGUUCUUAAUUGACAAUGCUGCUAUGUUUCUUGCUUUUGUGUGAAAAAAUACAUGCAAUACUAUAAUUAAAACUAAUUGAACUAAAAUUUAUUACUGUAGGCCUAAUACAUGUUAUAUGUAGUUACACUAUCAGUAUUGUCAGUAUUGUAUAUGUAAGUCCACAAACGUCAUAGAUUUAAUUAUUUAAACUCGAAUUUGAAAUGAAGUUAAACUUCCUGUUCAGAUGUGUAUUUAAUGGCAUAUUUAGGAAAUGAGGGCAAAUGCUCCUGAUCGGCCAAACUUUUAUUUGAUUGGCAAAAAGUCGUGAUUGCCGAUCGCUGUGAUCGGGAACGUGGGAACGUUAUUUCGAGCCCUGGUAUACUAAGAUCAGGGCCGCCGAGAGGGGGUGGGGGCAGGGGGGGGGCAAAUUGCCCGGGCCCCGAGGUGCUGGGGGCCCUGAAAAUUUUGUUGGGCUCAGUCUUUUUUGUGUGUUAAAUAUUUGCGCGCAAAGGACAAGAUAUGUGUGUUAUUUGGCUAAGUACCGAAAUAAGGCAUAGAAAAAUGAGAUAAAGUCCCUGGAAAGUAUCUGCAACGUAGUCGUCUGGAAAUUUUUUAAUCCUGAAAAAAUUUUUUGACCCCUAAAAUGGUACACUGUUGUCCGGAAAAAAAUUUUUACCGGAAAAAUUUUUUUGAAAGGGGGCCCCCCAAAAAAGUAUUUGCCCCGGGCCCCCGCCAACCUCUCUGCGGCCCUGACUAAGAUAUCUUGUUUUCCAUUCAAUUCAUAAGUCACAACAAUUUCAAGUUAUGACUUAGAUGCCAAAAACUGUCAAGACAUUUAUACCAAAUCUUUUCUAUGGCGCGUUGUAAACUUGAGCUACGUUUACACGCUGCGAUUUCUCGUUUACGAUUCGUAUUCUAGUGUAUGUAAUCGAAUUAGCACGCGUAAAGUGGUUGCAUUUCAAAUUUCCCCAUAAUCUGAAUGAAGAGGAAUUGUGGCGUCAGCUGUGGAUUUCAUACGCCCGAAUACGAAUCGCACACGACAAAUCGCAGCUUUACUCAUUUUUUUACAUAGCUUUACUCAUUUUUUCAUUUUUGUCCAAGGACCUCGAUUGGUUGGCCGAAAUGAACUUCGUCGUUUACUAAUUUCCAGCGAUCCAGAGCGGUUCAUAACACCUGUGAAUUGUAAGUAUAUAUUUUGCACACGUUCAGGCAUUGUAGGACUCAAGUUGCCUAAAUAACUUCCACGUUUUGAUGGAAGACCCAUUGUUAGAAAAUUAGUGGCGUGUGUGACUGUGUGAAGUGAAACACUUGUGUUUUUAUAGUCUGACUAUGGGGAAACGCGAUUGCGCGAUAAAUUCAACCAGUCAUGGAUUUAGUCCGUAUGAGUAUGACUGGAACGCUACCUCAAACUGGAAAUUUGAAGCCAAACUUUGAAGGCCAGUGAUCCCAGUCGAGAUAUUUUUAUGUCUAUUUCGACAGUCCAAACUCUAAAACGGCCAUACUAUAAAAUCACGAUAAAGAAUAAGUGUUGAAGAAUAAGGAAAAAACCAUGUGCCAGGUGAGGUAUAAGGUAGAAACACUUAUAGUCGUAUUAGAACUAACGAAAUUUACAUAAAACGAAUUGUGCUUUAUUGUCAUACCAAGUGUCAACGAGAAGUAAAACUUGAACAAUUACACAGCCUGCAAAAGUCAUUAAUACUCUCAGAUUUCGAUAUUCUACCUUUUGGUACAGCUUUCUUUGGAUUUUAUGGCUCUCUCAUUGUAGACAAGUGUAGUUUUCAGCCUGGGUCAAACGAGGAUGCGGGUGCAUGAGGGUUGGCAGUCACGCGACCUUGGUUAGCUGUCAUUAAUUAAGAAAUAGAAAAUGAGUCGCGUGCGUUUAUGAUGUGAUAAUGCACGCCGGGAAUGUUGGGAGAAUACGACAUGCAUUCUAUUUUAUUUAAAACGUUGGAACACUCAUCGAACCUUAAUUAAUUAGCGAAAUAUUUAGUGUUUUAAGUCGAUUUUAACAAAAACAUCGGCGAUUAUGUUCGUGAGGUCAUCCAUGCUGUUUGCUCUAUAAUUUUGAGUGCAAUCUUACACGUGCUCUUGACUGCUAAAAAUCACGUUUUUAGAAGAUAAAGAUCUAAUUUCAAAUUUAUUCCAAGGGAAACAUUUUUGGACGGGUGGAUUGAUAAUCCUGGCUAUGUGCGUAAUACGAUAGCCUAGUAAAGGCGGUUUUCCAGUCCUCGCACGAAGCUCCUCGCUGCGAGUGCUUGCAUCUAAUUAAAAUUAACUGUUUAGCAUUGUGAUUGGAUGAAAGUGCUCAUGCAUGCACUCGCAGCGAGCUGCGAGGAGCUUCGCGCGAGAACUGCAAAUCCGCCUUAAGACGUAUGACAACCUGGUUAAUGCAACAGAUGUUGAUUUCAUCUCCAUUUUGCAUCUGCCUUUUAAAAUAGGCGGCAGUGAAAAAUGUAUGGAAAAUCGGUAGGCGGUUCUUUUCGCCCUCCCGUGCACUCGUUCUCCCGGUUUCAUUUUCCCACCCGCAAGUCCUCCGCCGGAAAACCACCUGCCAUGCGCAGGUUAUUAUAUGCUAAACAGGCCAACAUCGCAGUUGGCAACUAGUAUGAACCAUCUACAAAGAAAGCAGAGAGUCGCAUGUAAUAUUGCCUUCCUUGUAUAACCACGUUUUGAAUCUUUGCCGUUAUCAUUGGCGGAUCGUUAAGCUGGUGUUCAUUCUUUCAAAUUUUAUUCUCCUAGAUCCUUCUCGUAAACAACUUGAUGAUGAGAACAAUAACUUUUUCUAUACUGAUAGUGAGAACUGUAGGACGUCAUCGAAUACGCGCAGAUCCUUUACCACCGAACACAAUGGAGAUUUUGAGCGUAUUUUGAUUGAAUCUGUUAGAACCUUGAUGAACUCUGGGAAAUGUUGUGUCAUUGUUGUACCUCCACAGGUAAUUUCCGUUUCAAAUGGCGUAUGUUAAUAUUAAUGGUUGUAAUAUUAUUGUGCCUCUAUUUAAUUUUUCUCCAAGGAACUGGCAAUCGUUCGAACACGUGAACUGCUUCCUUAUGUGAUCUUUGUUAAACCUCCAUCAUUACAAAGACUUCGUCAAACUCGCCUGAUGUCACGAGUCAAGUCUUCUUCAUUGCAAAAUCAUAAUCAGAAAGUGUUUACGGUAAGGACGUAUUUUUGUACUGCUUGACUUGAAGUAUGAAUAUUAUUAAUAGAAAAAGCAAUUCUUUCAAGACAACUUAAACUGUUCGUAGCCAUACCUAGCUAUCUUUGUUACCGCGUUCAACGAUACAAAAAAUACAGCGGUACAUUUUUGUCUGCGUAUGUUUUGCGAUGCGUAUAUUUAAAUCCUCAUGUGAACAUCACGCAUGAUUACCGCUAACCCUAUAUAUGUUAAAUAUUACCCAAUGUUUUGGCUUGUGUAUUUAUCUGCACGUUCCUUUAUUUCAAAACUUGAGAAAAUAAAAUUGUAUUGAUUCCAGAGAAGAUUGCUGGGAAAACAUUUCCAAAAUUGUAUACAUAAGUUUUGGGAAGAUUGCUUUGGAAUUUCAAGCCGCUAAAAUUCUCUUUACACAAAGGUCUGAUCUUUUCCCCGAAUAUGUGGGCCCUGAUGUGAUGGCUAAUGAUAUUCGGGAAUUUUUUGUCCAGAAGAUUGAGCGCAUCCAUGCUGAGUUUGAUUCUUCUGCCCUUGAAACAAGCCACUCGUCUGUCCCAGAAUUUACUGAACUGACGUCCCGAUUUGAUUCCUUUGACAUCUUAAGUGAAGAAAAUGUCAAAGAUUUGAUAUUUAAAUCAAGUAAAAAAUCGUGCUCUCUGGACCCAAUGCCCACUUCAUUGGUUUUAAAAUGUCAAGAUAUUCUCCUUCCUGUGAUUACCAGGAUGAUCAAUUUAUUAUUACAAUCUGGUGUGUUUUGUGAUGAAUGGAAGCAAGCAUUAGUCCAGGCACAGCUUAAAAAAUCAAAAACAGAAACGGUAUUUGAGAAUCUUCGCCCUAUCAGUAAUCUCACAUUUACGUCUAAAUUAACAGAACUUGCUGUCUUUAAUCAAACAAAUAACUAUACUUGAAUUCAUACCAACUUUAUCCAAAGGCACAAUUGGCUUAUCGCAAGUAUCAUAGUACGGAGACGGCUUUACUACGUGUUAAGCAUGAUAUCUGAAUGAACAUGAACCGUCAGCAUGUUACCUUACUCGUAAUUUUUUAUCUGAGCGCUGCAUUUGACACUGUCGACCAUCAUAUAAUGCUCGAACGACUGAAAUCCAGUUUUGGCAUCCAAGACCAAGUACUAAAAUAGUUUACGUCCUAUCUUUCUAACCGUUCGCAAUUCAUUGAGUGUGUGUGAGUGAGCUUUUAGAAUACGGGCGUAAAGGCUGCAUUCCAGUUACGCGUUUUUCAUACGUGCGUACACGCACGUAAAAGUUGAAUUCGCUUAAAAUUUCAUAUAAGUGCAAAUAACCUUAAUAAAUACACAUUAAAUCAUACACAAAACUGAAUGCUGUCCUUUUAUAAAUUUAGUUAUUUCAUAAGUAGGAUGUAAAUCGAAUUCAACUUUUACGUGCGUGUACGCACGUAUGAAAAACGCGUAACUGGAAUGCAGCCUUAAGUAUUUUUCGAGAUUGUGGUUCGUUUUGAAUGUUGAAUAGAAAGUUAUAAUUUUAAUGAAUUUUCAAGUUUAUGUUUCCAGAAUAUUAAGUAUUUUUCCUCUAGGGUUUUGGUAAUAGCUUCAAUAUGUUCAGACGUUACGGCUUCCAGGUUAGGGAUUUCUUCAUUUAGAUUUAAAUUUUUGAUAUACCAUUGCCACUGUCAAGACCGGCGAAGCAUCGCUUAUGGUCUGGGGCUGUAUCACUUAUGACGGAAGUGGUCCAAUUACUACUGUGGAUGGGAACUGUUACCGCGUCCAAAGUACCGUACGAUUUUACAAGAGCAUUUUCUACCCUUGAUUGGUGAGAGACCGCGCAAUGGCAAAGCCACAACUUUACAAGAUGACAAUGCACCUGUUCAUCGGGCAAGGGUUGUAACAACUUGGAAAAAAAGUAACAAGGUACAAUUUCUGGACUGGCUAGCCCAAAGUCCUGACCUGAACCCUAUCGAGAAUUUAUGGAUGUUUCUAAAAAAGGCGAUUAGUAAAGCGAACCCUCCACCACGAACACUGUUUGACUUGAAAUCCGUAAUUAAAAAGAAGUGGCAAGCAAUUCCAGUUAAAUUGGUUCAAAAUGUAAUUAAAUCAAUGCCACGCAGGCUCUCCAAAGUCAUUAAGGCAAAGGAAUUUGCAACAAAGUAUUGACAUUGAUAUUAGUGCCUUGAUGAUGAAACUGACAAGUGUUACAGCACUUCUAAUUCAGUCAUAACAAGGUUACAGCACUUCUAAUUCAGUCAAGAAGUAAAGAGUUGCUUGAAGUUGCUCGAACCGAAAAAGUUGCUCCAAACGCAAAACGUUGCUCAAAGGUUGCCGAGCACAAUCGGGACAUGCCUAACACGAGCAAUUUCCCUCACGCAACUGCGAUGCAACACUUUACCAACACUUUAUGACUUGGAGCACCUAAGAUAUUAUCGAGUUCUCUCGAUGUGGCUUCAAUUCUUCUCUCUUCGAGAGUUGGCAGGUAACCAUGCGGGAGGCCAAUAAUUCGUAGACUCCUCCUUUGGACACGUUCCAAUUCGUCCUUUAGAUAUCGUGGCAGACCACCCCACACUGGAGAACAAUAUUCAAGGAUAGGCCUGAUUUUAGUUAAAUAAGUGGUGAGACCCACUUCGACUGGUAGAUUCGCUCUUCUACAUUCUCGUAGGCAGUACAGGUUUUUAGCUGCUUUGCGAGUGGUCUCCUCGACAUGUUUAUUCCAUUUCAGGUCCUUUUGAAACCAGGUUCGCAAGAGUUUGAAAUUAUCGACUCUUUCUAUGAUAGCAUCUCCUAUAUGCAGUGGUAGAGGGGGCGGUGCUUCGGUGAAGUUAAUCCACAUAUCUUUAGUCUUUUUUGGCAUUCAGUUCCAUUUUAUUUUCCACAGCCCAACUUUGCACUGAGUCUAGAGCGCUUUGCAAAUCGCUAAAUUCUCCUGUUCUUAUGGAUGUAUCCAUGGUGCAAUCGUCCGCAUAUUUGGUUGUGUUGACACAUGCCUGUUCAGAAACAUUUUCCUCCAUAUCGUUAAUAUGUAUGUUGAAUAGGGUCGGCGAGAUAGCAGAUUCCUGAGGGACGCCGGCUGAGCAUGCAUGAUGCAGUAAAGGAUAGUACACCUUGGAAAUUUACCUGUUGUGUUCUUCCCUCCAGAAAACUCAUUAUCCAUAACCAGAAACUCCUUGUUACAUUCAUAUCAGCAAGCUUGUCCAGAAGGAUCUUAUGGUCGACCAAGUCAAACGCCUUCCGGAAAUCAACAAAUAGGGCGUGGACACCUUGUCUACCGGUUGAGGAGUUGUCCGUUGAGUCGAACCAGUUCUGAGAUAUGGAGGUAAGGGCAGACACGGUGGAGUGACUGCUCGUGAAAGCGUGCUGGUUUGUUUUGAUCUUGAAACUGGAUGUAUUGAGUUCGAGCUGUAGCUUCUCGAUAACUUUUGCUAGUUGUGGUAGCACGGAAACUUGGCGGAAGUCAUUAUCUAGGUCUGUGGGUGGACGGAUCUUUGGUAAGGGACUGAUGAUUGCAUGCUUGUAGGAGGUGGGAUAUUUGCAUUGAACUAUGCUUGCAACCACAAUAUCGUGGACCACGUAGCUGGUGCUAAUUCUUCUGCGUACCGUAUACAGGGUAUGUUAAUCUUCCACAAGACCCUUGUCGCGCUUGAGGCCUUUUUCCUAUGUUACAGAACGUUUAUUAUUUUGCAGUUAUAGAACACUUGCAUCCAAGCCCUUGGGUAUUUUUUGUGAUUAAAAUGUCUUAUGUUGUCACUCCAGGUCACAGAGCUGCAAGAUAUGAUAAUGAAGGCAGAAGAAAUUGAACAUAAAUAUGGACAUUAUUUUGAUUUAACAAUUGUUAACGAUGACCUUCAAGAUGCGUAUGAUCGCCUGUAUACAGCCGUAUAUCUCGUGGCAAAGGAACCGCAAUGGAUUCCUGUUAAUUGGUUAACUUGAUUAGCAGAGUUCAAUUCAAAUCAGAAGCAAUACUGUAUAUAGUGUUUUGCAUAAAAUAUUAUUUAAUAAUUUAUCGACGCGAUUUACCCAAGGCCAAGGGACGCCGGUCAAAAUGAAAUCGAUAAAGUGAUUUGAAAGUUUUGGAUCGAAUUUCGUUUUGGAAAGACAUUUUUUCGCACAAUUAUUAAACAUGCAUUAUUUCGGGCUCUGCAUGUAUGGCUCUGUAGCCUGCGCGCAGUCCCAGACUCUCAAAUUCCCAGACUCUAGGAACUUUACUGCGCGCAGGCUAAGGCUCUGCAGCAUAGUCCAAAACAGAUUAUUGUAUAUUGUAUUUAUUUUCUUUAUUGGCAUGACCUUAUAACAUACAGGCAGUUGCUAAAUCCUCUACAUAUGCAUGUGCUAUAUUAAAAAUCAUCUGCUAUCAACUAUAUACUAAAAAGUACAAAACUAAAGAGUAUACUUUGAUAAUAAUAAUAAUAAUAUUGUUUCAUUUUAGUUUGACUAUUUCAUUAUUUCUACCAGAUAUAAAUUCUGUUCUCUUUAGUAGAACAUUUUGUAGAGGUUUUUCUUUGGUAGAACAUUUGCAAUUCAUUUUGUAGAACAAAGUGCAAUUCAUUUGCUACUUUAUGCCUUGUGGGGGUCCAGCGCUAGCCGCGGCGUUCAAUAAAUUAUUUUUCUGUUUUUACAUUGAGUGGCUGUGGAGAAUUGCAGGCUUAUGUUAAAAGCUGCGGGCAAAGUUCUUAAGCUGGACACCCAUAGUUGCAAAUUAUCAGCGACUCUUGUCAUCAGUCAACUAGUCGAGUUACAUCUCACUAUAAAAAGUGUCCCGAGAAAAUUGCAAUAACAAUUAUAUGUUUCAUGCAGAUAUAUACACAGCUAAUUGUUAGCGGGCAACGAAAAAAUCUAAUCCAAGAGAUGAAUUUUGACGAAGCAAUCUUAUGGCUGUUUUAAAAUAAAACUCAGGUUCACCCAAUGGACCAUUGAAACCUCAAAAUUCAUCUCUGAGAUUGAAUUUUCGAUGCCUACUAAUGUAAAAAUCUGGAACAUAUAGAUUGCAAUUUUUAUGGAGACACUCGCAGAUUUACGGGUGCUUGUAAAACUCGGAACCCUACCCGGAACUCUGCUAAAUAUAGUCCAUGAAGUUUUGUUCGAGUAUUUGCACCUCUGUAUUUGCACGUGCUUUUAAGAAAUUUGACGCUAUGACAUUGAUGAAUGCAGUGAUGAAUCAAAUAAGUUAUUGUACGUGAUAUUGUUAGGUUUACCACCUUUCUACUACAUAUUUGGAUUGCUAAUUUUAUCAUUACAGCACAGUUAAUAAAAUUAACUGUGCUUUUUGAGUUUUUAUCAAGGCUAAAUGUAUAAAACUAUUUCGGUUUUCCCUAUGUCUAUAAUGUUGUUCCGUCCUUAUAAACAUCACGGCAAAGGUCUCGUCCCACCUCUCAUAUAACGGGAAACUAAAAGAAAUUUUCAGCCUGACCUAGCUUCACGAGAUUUUUAAAGACUUCAAAUUACACUCGUCUUUCGUUUCGAACUCGUGCAAUUAUGAUCGCCUUUAAAAAAUACCCUCUAUAGUUAGGCGUAUACUUGUAAAAAUUGUGCACUUGGCAAAACGAUGGUUCUCAAAAUGAAGUUUUUCUUACAAUUUCGCUAUAAAAACCAUGAUAUUUCAAGUUCACUUUAGUGAAUAUGACCUACACCAUCAGAAAGUUUGCAGAAAACUAUUAUAAUAAACUAUAUAUUAAGCGGUUUGCAUGUUUUCCUCCCCAGUUUUGAGUUACGUGACGUUUGCACCUGCUAUAAACGGUAUUUCAUGCAAUUUUGCUGUUAAAAUUUUACUUUUUUGGGGAGAUAGUGGUUGAAUGUAAUGUUUAUAAGCAAAUUGUAAGAAAAACUAAAUUUCGAGAAAUCCACAUUAAUUUUUCACAUCAAUUUUUUUUUAUUAAUCUACGAUUAAUAAGCACAUCGAGAACUGUCAUCUUGCCAAAUACCAUUAUUUUGCCUCAAGUGCACAAUUUGACCUAAGGUUCGCACCUAUCCGCCCCACUACUCGUGCUUGUUUUUUUUUUUUUAUAUAAAUUGUAGCAUACACAAUCGAGAGGAUGCAGGACGGGAAACGUCGAUGUGAAAAACUGAAGGGUUUUUGUAGAUUUCGAGUGGAAGAUUAUACACAAUUUUGAGAUCUAACCAGGAACAGCUGGGAAAAAUGAACUAUAUAAGCCCUGUGGUAGGGAUCAAACCUGCGGUCCUGCGAUUCCAGUGUAGCGCUCUAACCAACUGAGCUACAGAGUAUAAGUAUGAAGAUUUUGUGCAUUUCAUUCGAUAGAACGAUUGAACGAAGAGUUGGUUAGAGCGCUGCCUCGUAAUCUUCCGCUCGAAAUUUCCAUCUACAAAAACGCUUUACGCCUGUAUUCUAAAAGCUUGAUUGCAUGACACUUACUUAUUAAAGCAUGAUUGUAAAUAGUAAAUUAACGUAUAUUAUGGUAUAUUUUCUUUUUCACAUACAGUAUAUGCAAGUAAUUUCGUACUACCUUUAUCUUUUUCGCAAAUUUACUUUUGUUCACACGCGCAUUGUGGAAACCAGCUUUAGCUGACAAUGUUAGCGUGUUAAAUAAAGUUUAUCAUCAACACUCGCACUCAAUGAGUGGAGGUUCAAUCUGAGCUUCUUUUGAGUGUCAAUGCUGUUUUUGAAUAGCUGGAGGGUGAGCAGUUACAUAGUUAUAAGGUACGACACUAACCCUCCAGCUAUUCAAAAACAGCGGCUUUGACACACAAGAGAAGCUUGGACUGGACGGGGUCCCUGCCUGGCUGCCAAAAGGGCGCGUUUCAGCCGAUUAUUUCAUUACUCACAUUACUCAUGAUGAUUCUAGCGCAAACAACUAAAUUGCGUACACAACUUUACAUUAUCAUAACUUAAACUAUCUAAUUUGCACCGCUCUCAUGAUUCGUGAAGCAUAAUAAAAGGGCAUAAUACCAGCAAAAAAGGGCAUGAUUCCCGUGAUCGCUUCGAAACCUGACCAAUAUUCCGGCGAUGAGACAUUGUAUGUGAUCACAGUUCAUGUUUCUAUAUGAACGAUUUCGUGUGAGCGGUGAGGUAUAGUAAAUCAGCAAAUACGGUUAGACAAAAUAGUCUGUAUAAUUUAAUAUAUCACUUUGUCGCCUAUAUGCGCUUAGUCUGUUUAUAAGCCUAUAAACACAUCUUUUCUCGGCGGAAGUAACUAUAUUUUUUCGAAUGCGUUUUUUCCCACCCACUUUCAAAACACGGCGCGGGAUCGGCGCCCCCUUUUCAUUUUUGCGCCCUGCAAGAAUUGCCAGCCGGGUGGGCCGUGCCCCCCCUGCCAGCAUGCCACUGAAUUCCUUUCUAUGACCAGAAACACGGUAAAGUUAGCUGUAUAGAAUUGUGUUUGUCUUGUUGUUGAAUUAAAUCAGUGAAACACUUAUAGUUCCUGUCAAAUCGUCCAAACGUAUAUUUAAAUUUGACGUUUCGAAAGCUUUUUCCGUUCCUCUGGCUCCUCGAGUCGUUACUGUUUUGGCCUCUCUACCAUGUCGGGUUAGGAUUCACACGUAUCCACGAAAACGAAACGAAUACGCUAAUCAAUACAUCACCUAGGAAAGAGAGUUUGGUCAAAAGAGGGUUUCAAAAUAAUGAAAAGGAAACCAUGUGCAUUCAUUACACAUCGUGCGAGAUGAAGCGUGCUCUUGGUCGCAUGAUUAAGCUCUUUGUUCCGUGGCAGGUUGUCAUAAAAUGAAGUCGGUAAUACUGAAAGUGAUACACGAGCACGUGCCUAUUCAUAACAAGUAUCCAAUCGCGGAAGCCGAUAUGCUAAGUUAUAUAUCUUUAAUUUAUUCGCAUGUGAAGGUUAAUAUAAAAUACCUAAACAAGCAGCAUGCUAAUUUAUUACGUCCCGAAAGCUGAUGGGAACUAAGAUUGGAACUUACUUUGAACCAAAAUCUAGCGUACAUAUAUAUAUCGUGAUGUCGGCAAAUGUUCUGUGGAAAUUUCGGAUGUUUUCAUCUUUACUGAGUGUUUGGACGUCUGGUUUGUCACAAAGUAACAAGGUAAGCUAAAUAACUUAUUUCAUGGUUAAUUUCAAAAUAUUUUUCCGGCUUUUUUGCAAGAUUUUGCCGCAGCCUGCGGCAGUUGCUACACAAACGUUAACGUUCAGUGAAAUUUACACAUAAGAAUUAAACUAUUGAAAUAUAAUAAUUUAUUAUAUAGUAGAAUGUGCGAUACUGAAAAAUAUACAGUGAGGUAUUUUCCAUAUCUUCACUAGUGAAGAUAUCGAUUAUGUGAUUUUUCCAAUUUGCUUUUGAGCGUGAAAUUUCACAAUUUUUUGAUGAUAUAAAACAAUCCAUGCCAAGAAAGUAGAAUUAGAAUAUUUAGCUGAACUUAGACUUUGUGCAAGGUGUUUUCGAAUUCAAAUUGCGAUUAAUAUUAAUUUAACAAUAUUGCUCGUAUAUUUUGGCUUGGAUUUAUUCAGGACAAGAUUACCAUAACUUUUUGACCCAUAUAACUGCAUGCAAAUUAUCGCACGGUGAAUGGAAAGCCUUUGGCCUGGAUUUUUUCAGGCCAAAUACUUAAAAUUGAUGCACCUUUUGCAGUUUUGGUCUGAAUAUUUUCAAGCCAAGCCGGUGACUUUUUAGUUCCUUUGGCAGGUAUUGUAGAAUAUUGAUCUUACAUUGUGGUUUGGAUUUAUUUAGACUAGACUAUCAUGGCAUAAACUUUUCUGUGCGUGUUUGUGAAUCCUUGUAUUGUGAUUUUGGCCUAAAUAUUUUCACCCAGCUGUUUUAAAAAUAUAGUCUAUAUCGGGAAAAUUCAGCACUUUUUAAUCUCGGCAAGAUAAUUUUGCUCGAUGUUUAUUUGUCGUUUUUAAAUAGCAGCUGUUUUGACAUGGUUUGAAUUUUGCUAAAUAUUUGAGACCGGAAUAAUAGAUUUUGUCCUACUAAAAUCUCUUCCUUGAUAAAAGUAUUGCUAAAACAACUCACUUUUCUUUAGAAUUUGCACUAAAUGGAAUAUCCCUGCAUAUUCAUAAUAUUUCGUGUUAUAUAUCGUGAUGACGACAAAUGGUUUGUGGAAAUUUCGAUUUCUGAUGUUUUCAACUUUACUGAGUGUUUGGACGUCUAGUUUGUCAUAGAGCAACAAGGUAAGUGAAAUAGCUUAUUUCUUGGUUAAUUUCAAAUUAUUUUUCCGGCUUUUUUUGCAAGAUUUUGCACUAAUUGCUAUACAAAAAUUAACGUUAAGUGAAAUUUGCACAUAAGAAUUAAACUAUUGAAAUAUAAUAGUAUAUUCGGGUACCCGUAGAAUUCCGAAUGUAAAUGGCAGUCAUGACGUUCCCCAAAGGAACUAGGUGGGUUAGUUGAUUGCCCGGCUUUCGUGUUGGCCAGCACCGCCUGUGAGCAGGAUACAGUUUUAGCGAAACAGGAAAUCCCCUGAUCCAGGGUAUGUUUGGCUAGAACACAUGAUGAUAUAUGUUCGGUAAAUACCGUUGAGUGCUUAAAUAGGAAUUGUAAAAUAAGAUGCUUAGAGCAUCGGCUUUUAUUCAGAGUUGAACUAUUUGUAACCGCGCAUGCACUUAAUUUGUGCUCAUUUUCUUCAUUGUGGGUUGUUCACACUUGAACAAACUUAAAACCAAAUUUUAUAUAUACGUACACUCUGCGCAACCAUCAAGGCUUUAAUUAAGAGGAAAAAAGCCCCAAUUUUCUGAUUGGAACCCUUCCUGAAAUCAAAGUUGUUGACUCAAAUGAGUAGUCGAUUUUGUUAAAGUUUCACGCUCGCUCCGUCGGCUCCCGCCUACUGUAUAUACAAAAGCAGUAUAUUAAAAGCUGUAUUAAGCUAAGAAUCCUUUUGCCCUUUAAUAACUUGAAGUUAGUCCCAAGUUUUUGUUCCAGACAUAACUAAGAUUUCCAGUGAUACGUACGUUUUAUAAGCUUUACCAAAAAGCUGCAUGUGGAUUAAGGUAAGUCUAACGCCGCAUUUUACAUGCGUCGAAUCAAAUACAUACUCGAGUCGACUUGAAUUGACAUUUUUCAAAUUUUAAUUCAGACGUCGAAUUUAAUUGUCGAAUUUAAUUAAUUUGCAAAGCCCGUCAAAUGGCGCCAAAUCCAAACUACAUAGCGGAUGAAGUUGUAAGAGAAAAAAAUUGCGUUUGUGCCUAUCAAACAUCAUUCAUGCCAACAGAAAACGACGACUGUUAAUGGAUAUGGCAGUAAAUAACCUCUUCACAAGGAGAAGGCAGAAGAUGCAUGGUGCUCGAUCCUUAUUUGUCAAGUAUCCAAUUAUAGUGCGUGGCAAGCGCGUGCGAGUAAAACCCGAUAUCUUGAAAAAUUCCAAAUAAAUAUUUCUUCUCGCCGUAUAUUCAAACGAAACUUUCUAACACGAGAGCGCUUGAAUACAUAUUACUUCUACUUCUUUGAGAGAAUAACGAAAGUUUAGUAUUAAAGUUUUUUUCUCCAAAUGAAAUUCAGAAUGUUUGGCCAAGGGUGAGUAAAUGUGUAAUUGUUUUGGAGUUUGUGUAGUGUUUUAACAUUUGACCCUCCGUUUAAACGGGUAUUUUGUGAGAAUUUCAAUGAUGGUUUUCGUUUACUGUAAACUAGGGAGUAAAUAUACUCGCUGAAAUAUUUACAUUAUAGAAACAAUUGAAUCAUAAUACUGUAAUUGCGAUAUAUCAUAUAUGUCGAGAAAGAGUUGUUGAACAAGUGUAUUUCGUCUCGAUUGAACAAGAAAAACAGUCAUCAACUUCGGCCAUGCUUGCUGUAGCUGUAUAUACGCCUAUCUGCGCAUGUCAUUUUGAAUGAAACCGUGGAGUUAUGGGUAAUAAAUUUUAACAUAAUUUAUGCAUUAGAUUAGACUCAUGUAAAAUGCGGCGUUUAAAUCAACAAUCGACUUUUAGUCGAAUAUUCGACUGAGUCAGUCGAAUAUUCGACUGAAGUCGCACUUAAUUCAAACCUGUCGAAUUUAAUUGAUUUAAACGUCGCAUUUUACAUGCAUGUAAUUCAAUAAUUUGAUUCGGCGCAUGUAAAAUGCGGCGUUUAGACCGGGCCUAAGAGGGAUUCAACUAUUUUGAAAAUAGAAGCAAAAAUUACUAACUUCCCAACGAAGGGCUUUGGUCCAAAUGUCAACAUUAGUAUCACUGCCUCGUCCCCAAGAGCUAAGAAAAAAAAAUUAUGUGAGUCACUAUAUGAAAAGAUUGCAUGAAGUAUUGCAUUGCAACGAACAGGCAACGCUCAUAACCCAUUCUCCUUUGCGUGUUUAUAAUGUGACGUACUACUUCAUCUAAACCUUUUAUAUAGUGACUAGUAUGUGAAAUCGUUUUAUAGCGCCUGAGGACGAGGCAGUUAGUAUGAUUUUUUUAUGCAUAUAGCUUCUUUGGGACCUUGGGUACUUGUAAUGUAGAAUAAUGAAAAAAAAAAACAGGGGGUGUGUCUUUUCCAACAAACUAAAAAUGGCUUGGGAACAAAAUCUAAAAACUUUAAUCAUAUUUUGAGUUAAUAGAUGGAAAAUUUGUUUGGUUUUAAUUACUGUGCAAAAUUUCAGACAAUUUACUUUACUAGUUUAAGCCCUUUAACCAGUCAUUUUUUCCUAAAAAAAUCAGCUUCUCGCAUGCUUAAUUACAACCUGUUUCACAGGGUUUCACCUCCGCCACUCCCCCCCCCCCAACACAUGCUGCGGCGAGACCUUGUUCGGAAAUGGUCACGUGACGUCAAUUCAGAUUUUGGGUUGUAGCGUAAUUUGUCGUUAGGUUGGGUACGUAGGGCAGAGUUAUUAACUAUAGUCAUUUUUAAAAAUAAUAGAACUUGUCAAUUUAGUUAAUAUCGCAUUUGGCAGUUUUGAAGUUCUAUAUUUAAAAUAAAACCAACACUUCGAAAAAAACGUUAUAUAUGAUAUGGUUCACGGCAUUAGAAGAGUUAUUUAGACUUUUGUUGUCGUUUGCUUCUAAAUAUAUAUGAUCACUGAUCGCAGUGAUAUUAAUAAUAUAAACUAAAUUGUGAUUUAAACCUUUCUUCGUAUAUAAUAUAGCACAGAUCAUGCAGAUGAAUUUGUCAAAAUAAAAUUAAAUGGAUACAUUUUCAUGUAUUUGCUAAAAAAGCUUAUCAAUUAUGAACUCUCAUCUUUAUAAAUUGAAAAUUCGCAGUGCAACGCUACGUGUUUAUAUUUUAACGACCUGGCACGAUAUUUAGUUUUGUGUAUAGUAAAUGUUCGCACAUUAUAUCAUUUUGGUAUACGCGUAUUAAUUCAUACAAAUGUUUGACAAAUUUGCAUUGGUUCUGUCGUUGGUAUAGUAUGUAGGUUUUACGUCAAUCCCAAUUCAAAAUAUUUACAUGUUUGUUUUGUUAUAUGUGCUGGCUCUAAUGCCUUCUUCAUAUUACAUGCUUAAAUAAAGUUAAAUUAUAUAUAUCUUUGUAUGACUGCACAUGUCUUUUAUGACCUUAUACCAAAGCAUUGACAAAGUACAACAUAGUUGAACAUAUAGCGCAAGAAAAUUCAGGUCACAUGUUGUACUUUAAUUGUAAGUUGGAGAAAAUUUUUCGUUAUUGAAUUAUAUUGUAAAAGAUAAAACCGAUAUCGGUUUCAACUAAAAGGAGCAAUAGACAAUAGACACUUAGCGACAGAAAGCAAUAAUCAUCAUGUUAAAAGCGUACCAGUGCUCGGGAAAUUUGCGCUUCAAAUAAAUUUUGAUAGACUUUUUAAUCCACUGCAUAAAGGAUUGUUGAAUCAUCCGCAAACAGUUCACCACGUUCUGGUCAAAGUCAUUAUUUAAUAUGCAAACAGUAGAGGGUCAACGAUUCUUCACUCACAUUUCAAAUUUACAAUGGACAACAAUAGUUUAGCCUGUGUACAGACGUUAGUAAAUAAUUAAAAAGAUGGAUUCCUGCUGUGAUGCUUUCUCUACCCUUUCAGUUACCUGGCUUUAUUACAGUUCGAAAGCCUUUAUAGUUUAGGUGAAUAAUAUGGUUUAAAAUGCCCUUUUUUUACAUUGUCUAUUCAGUAGCUAACAAGUGCUCGAUCGUGCUACCCCUACUAAGUAUAGCACGUGGUCAUGACUCACGUGACCACACCAUACCAUACCAGGAUCUCUCCGUAGCAGGGUAGUGAGCGGAGGUGAAACACUGGAAAAGAGGUUGGCGUAAGCCCAGAUCUUCAUCGAUGCUAAUAAUAUGCUGAAAUAUGAAGAUUCGGGUUUACGGAUCGAAAGCUUUGCAAUAAUAGAAAUAGUGAUGUUUUUCACAAAGCAAGACAAAUAUUUAUAACUAUAUUUAUUAAACAGGUUUCAUGUUACAUUGGACAACACAUUUUUUAUGAAUUUUACGUAUUUAGAGCAAAAAUAAUAUUUAUUAUAAAAUUACAAAGAUUUUAUAUUAGUUCAGGCCGCUCAGUAAAAGAUUUAGUCAAAUAGACAUGGAUAUACACUGAUAUACACGGGUCGUCAAACCAGUCACGCGAAAAACGUAAAAAUUGCAAACUUAAUUAAAGUCUUCACUAGGUUACCCACAGGGCAGUAAUGCUGCCUUUGACAGCAAAAGACAAACUACAGGGUAUUGAACGAGUCCUUCAGAAACAUCCGAUUAUUGUGAUCCUUGUUAACCCAUUUAUUGACAGUACCCUACCACUGACUGAGUAUUAAAAAUCGUCUGGCGUUGGACAAGGUAAAUACUAAAAUAGGAGUCAUUACUGUGCUGAUGGAUUAACAAGAGACAUUGGCAUAUAGGUUUGUUAACCCAUUUACUGGCAGUACCCUAUACUACUGACGAGUAAAAUCUUCUGGCGCUGGACAAAUUUAAAGGAAGGACGCAUUGCCAGCUAAUAGUUAAACCACUGUGGUUAAACAUAAGAUUUGAUGCUCCAGGAAAUGUAAACAAGCUAUCAGUGUGACAGCCCAGUUUAUAUAUUUAUAUAUACUUGGAAUAUUGAUUUCUCGGUGUAUACAAAAUUAUUUUAAAGUAUAACAAUCAACGAAGAAGUAAGCCACUAACGUUCUAGUAAAAUUGGCCCAUUAAAUGUUUCUGAACUAGGUUACCCACAGGGCAGUAAUGCUGCCUUUGACAGCAAAAGACAAACUACAGGGUGUUGAACGAGUCCUUCAGAAACAUCCUAUUAUUGUUAUCCUAGCCUGCGUAGCGGCUCUCAGAGAAAGUAGACUUUCUCUGAUAGCCGCUACGCAGGCUAUUGUUAUCCUUGUUAACCCAUUUAUUGACAGCACGGCCCUACCACUGACUGAGCAUUAAAAAUCGUCUGGCGUUGGACAGGGUAAAUACUAAAGUCAUUACUGUGCUGAUGGAUUAACAAGAGCCAUUGGCAGAUAGGUUUGUUAACCCAUUUACUGGCAGUACCCUGUACCACUGACGAGUAAAAUUUUCUGGCGCUGGACAAGGGACUGGCGCAUUGUCAGCUAAUGGGUUAAACCACCGUGGUUAAACAUAAGAUUUGAUGCUCCAGGAAAUUUUACUCGUCAGUGUGACAUCCCAGUUUAUAUAUUUAUAUACUCGGAAUAUUGAUUUCUUGGUAAAUACAAAAUUAUUUUAAAGUAUAACAACCAGCGAAGACGUAAGCCACUAACUACCCUGCGCGGCUGCGCGCAGACUAUAUAAUGACAUAUAUAUGUUAUCCGUCCGGUUCGUCUAUCGCCAUCCGUCCGUCAUUCAUUCAUUCAUCCGUCCGACCGUAUCCGCGUUUUAUCCUAACUCGUUUUUAAAACACAAAAGUGCGGUUCGUCAUGUCAUGAUCAACAUUUUCAAAAGCGGCCAAUUAGACCAGGGGUUAAAGGGCAAUGACAAUGACAUGCAGGUGACAUUUAAUAUUGUUAUAUUGCAUCUCACUAAUUAAAAUUUGCGUGUUUAUUAAUAAUGUUUAUCAAAGAAAGCAAAAAUAUAUACAAGACAAUCUCACAUGUGAAAUUUUUUCACUUACGUACUGCCUUGUGAUGCAGUACAAGUAUAAACACCAAAUGACAAAGCAUUUGUAAAUCCUAAAACAUAAUUAAAUCAUACGGCACAUUCAUAUAAGUAAAAAUCGUAUUUCAGCCGCGCGUUUAUACUGCUUGGCGCAUUCGCUGCGUUAUAUUUAUUUACAUGAUUUUAAUAUCGUAUUUCAGCCGCGCGUUUAUACUGCUUGGUGCAUUCGCUGCGUUAUAUUUAUUUAUAUACACAGAAAAGCAUGUCAUUGUCUUUGCGGACCAUAGGCAAAAAGCAUUCGUCAACCACAUACCAAAUUUAAGCAAUCGUUAAAUCAUAUACAUGUCAUGUAAAGAAUAUGAAAAUAAUGUUGAAUGAAAGCUAGCAUCGCGUAUAAUGUUAAAAGCACCGCAUAUAGUGCUCGAACCACUGCGUAUAAUUGCAAAAACACCGCGUAUAUAAAUGGUGAAAGCACCGCGUAUAAUGCUGGAACCACAGCGUAUAAUGUGGGAACCACCGCGUAUAAUGGCGAAAGCACCGCCGUAUAAUGCUAAAAGCACCAAACAAAAUGCCGUUUGAUCACUUUAAGCCAGCUAUGGCUUUCCAUAAAAGAAGACCAAAGAUGAAAGAUGACCACAUUGCCUGUUUGCCUUAUGCUUGACCGCGCUGCACCACGGUUAAAAUUCACUGGUACCGUCAUGCAAUGCGCCAAAUAGAAAAUUUUGAUAUCGACCCACAAAACAAAAUUAGGCCUGCUGCCUUGCUCGCUCGCUUCAGGCUCGCUCGCUGCGGCAGCAAUUAAAUGUAUACACAAACGUUUUGCGACCGCCCACAGCCGACCUCUGAACUUUGACAAAUAAAGCUCAUAAACGCUGAUUAUUGCGCGUUCUAACUCUGUAUCAUACAGCUUCGAUUUCUCACUCCUGCUUAGUUUCUCAUGCGAAACAAUUAUGUUAAAUACAUAAAUACACAGCGUAGCUAUAUUAAUAUGGUUCGGCUCACCACAAAUUUUCGUUGAGUGCCUAUGUUUUGCCUCUUAUUACAAGACCAACUAGGAUAACUGAACAUAGUAUAUACCGCAACAUUAAUUGACAAUAUAUUCACUAAUGAUCUAGAACAAAUUGAAUCCAGUAAGAAUGGAUUAGUUUUUAGUGAUAUAUCAGAUCAUCUUCCAGUUUUUCAUAUUGCAUCUUUCCCAACGAAAAUGUACAGUUCUAAAGUUGAAACUUCGCAACAUCAAAGAAUAGUCAAUAAUGCCAAUCUUCUAUUAUUUUCUAAUUCUGUGAAAGAUAUAUCAUGGGAUACUAUUGUUGAAGACAAUGACCGCUCUGAAUCAUACAAGAAUUUCCAUAAUAAACUAAUACAAGCGUUUGAUAAAAGCUUUCCUUUAGUAAAACGGCAAAAACGAAAUAUAAUUAAUUACGAUAAAAGCCCUUGGAUGACUCAAGGUAUUUCUAAGUCUAUUGGAAUUAAAAACAGACUCUAUAAAAAGUGUCUAAAAAACCCAAGUGAAAAGAACAAAACUAUUUACAAAAAUUACAAAAAUAAAUUAAAACAUUUAAUUAAAAUUAGUAAAAAAGAUUACUUUGAAAAUCAAUUUAUUAAAUACAAAAACAAUAGCAAAAUGACAUGGCAAACAAUAAAUAAACUACUGAAUAGAAAUAAAAAGAAGGAAAAACUUUCUCACGUGUUUCAACAAAAGGGCAUGUUGUAAAAGACUGGACUGGACCGGACUGGACUGGACCGGGAAAACACGGACUGAGUCCGUGUUUUACAAAUCGCGAACUAAGAUUUGUAAAACGCGGACUGAGUCCAUGUUUUACAAAUCGCGGGCUGCGAUUUACUAAGAUUUGUAAAACGUGGACUGAGUCCGUGUUUUACAAAUCGCGGGCUGCGAUUUGUAAAAGGCGGACUCAUUUACUGAAUGAACUAAGGAUGAACGGUCGCAGUAAAGUAUUGUCUAUUCUCAUGACAAAGUUCAAUGUUUUUACCGAGAAAGUUCAAUGUUUUUGAUGAUCAUUUAUGGUCAUUUGGUGGUUUCAAAGCUUGGAUCUGGUUGUUCAACGGGUUAAAAUCAGAUCAGAACCUGUCAAGUACUCUUGACAAAUAUCGAAGAUUCUCACGCGACUAGGCAAUAUUUUUAUCAACGACCUCACCGUUCAUCCUGCAAGCGACGGUACCGAUGGACUCAGUCCUGUACUGACUCAGUCGUAAAAGUUUUGGCGGGAAUUGCACUCAGUCGUGAGAGUUUUGGCGGGAAUUGCGGAUAUUAAUAGGUUGGUCAGGGAAUAAUCAUAUCCUGGAGCUAAGGUUGGUAAAAAUUACUAUUAUUUAUUGUUUUGAAUAAAUCAAAGAUUUUAAUUAAAUGAUAGAAUGUUGAGUUAAGUAAUUUACAGGGCUUUCAGAGGGAAUUUAUAGAAUUUAUAUUGUCAAAAACAAGGGUUUAUGCCAUGUUUUAACAGGAAUUGGCAGACACCCCCCCGAAUUAAAAGGGGCUAGUUUCGCCCCUGGAUAUUAUAGCUCUUAUAGCAGAUACCAUUUAGUGUUACUCAUAAUUAGACUGAAAAUAGAGUUAAUUUGUUUAUUUUGCGUUCCGGUGGCGAAGAGUUUUCAAACGUUUUCACCCGUUUUCAAAAUUACGCGAUCAAGGACGAAAAUGCUAGAGUUGACAUGUCAGUUUUAUGUCAUUCGGUCACGAACUACACGAAGUUUAAACUUUGAGUUUUGCAGUUCCUUGUCGAUGUAUAUGCUUUGUAUGCUUUAUAUAAACAGGCUUACAAUGACUUCAAGAUACUUUUUAGUGGGAAUUAUUGCAAAAUUUAAGCACAAACAAAAUCAUAACAUCACCGUCAGGGAUGCCGGAACCACAGGUGCAGCGGGUGCAAGUGCACCCCUUGCCUUUUCAACUUUGUGGGUGCAGUGCGGGUGCAGACUCAAUGGGUGUAUCGGGUGCACAAAACUUUUACAGCAGACAGAAUUAAACGUCGCUUGAGGAUGUGUGUGGGGGUGUUCCACCCCGCAGUCGUCAGGAAUUCGGCAAAGUUGUUAUCCAUUUGGCGAAAGGUGAAACGGAAAGCAUUACUUAUGGAUUUUUUAUUGAAGCAUUACGGAGGAAUUGUGCCUAAAUAAUUGUAUUCGGUCCGAAAAAAAUUGGUGACGGGGAGGGAGGUCGACACGAAUGUUGGAUCAUGACGCCCUUUCAUUUUCAUUGGUGCCCUUUUGUUAUGGAGUAUGCCCUUUUGUUAACCAAUUGCACCCCUUGCCCUCAGCAACUUCCGGCAUCCCUGAUCACCGUUCUAGCGCGCGCGUGUUUUAUACUGACAGGUAUAUUCCUGGAUAAAUUGCAACCACGAGGUUGGAUAAAUUGUUAUUUUUCAAACUUUAAAAGUUAUUCACGACACAUAUUUCUGUUGUGAUGGUUUGUAUUGUGCUUGUAUCUAACUCAUUUUUGUUCAGUUUUGGUAUUAAAUACGGUUUGAAAUGUCUUUUGACAGUUUGUUUACGUUUGCUAUUUUUAGCAGUUUUUGUGACAUAAAAUUGACAUUUGAAGUAAAGAGUAUUUUUCAGGGAGGUCGCGUAAUUUUGAAAACGGGUGUAAAAGGGUGUCUAUAAAUUUGCGAGAAAUAUGCGAAAUGAAUACUAUAAUCGAAUAACGAUUUUUAGAAACUUCGUCGUAUGACAACAAUAAAAGUUAAUAACACAAAUAUUUAAAAGGCAAAUUCGAUUAGAGUAUUCAUUUCAUAUUUCUCGCAAAUUUGUAGACACCUUUAUUUAAUACGCCCUCUUCGCCACGAACACAACUGAAUAAACGAAUUAACUCUAUUUUCUUCUAAUUAUGAUUAACACUAAAUGGUAUCUGCUAUAAGAGCUAGCGGCUAUAUCUAUACAGGCAUACAACUAAUUACGGCAACGGCCACACUUGAUAUACGCACGAGUUUCCUCGACAAUAGAUUAGUGGCACAAAGUCCCACAUGGCUGAGCGUGCUCCUAAGAUUGAACGCUGUUCAUCAGUUUAUUUCAAACAAUAAAUAAAUCAAAUAGUAAUUUUUACCAACCUUCGCUCCAGGAUAUGAUUAUUCCUUGACCGACCUAUUAAUAUCCGCAAUUCCCGCUAAAACUCUCACGACUGAGUGCAAUUCCUGAGUCAGUACAGGACAGAGUCCAUCGGUACCGUCGCUUGCAGGAUGAACGGUGAGGUCGUUGAUAAAAACAUUGCCUAGUCGCGUGAGAAUUUUCGAUAUUUGUCAAGAGCACUUGACAAGUUCUGAUCUGAUUUUAACCCGUUGAACAACCAGAUCCAAGCUUUGAAACCACCAAAUGACCAUAAAUGAUCAUCAAAAACAUUGAACUUUCUCGGUAAAAACAUUGAACUUUGUCAUGAGAAUAGACACUACUUUACUGCGACCGUUCAUCCUUAGUUCAUUCAGUAAAUUCCGCCUUUUACAAAUCGCAGCCCGCGAUUUGUAAAACACGGACUCCGAUUUGUAAAACACGGACUCAGUCCGCGUUUUACAAAUCUUAGUUCGCGAUUUGUAAAACACGGACUCAGUCCGUGUUUUACAAAUUCAGUCCGCGAUUUGUAAAACACGGACUCAGUCCGCGUUUUCCCGGUCCAGUCCAGUCCAGUCCGUGUUUUACAAAUUCAGUCCGCGAUUUGUAAAACACGGACUCAGUCCGCGUUUUUACAAAUUCAGUCCGCGAUUUGUAAAACACGGACUCAGUCCGCGUUUUCCCGGUCCAGUCCAGUCCAGUCCGGUCCAGUCCAGUCCAGUCCAGUCCAGUCCGUCUUUUACAACAUGCCCAACAAAAGAACUCAGAUAUUAAUUUUUCUGAGUCCAGUCCAGUCCGUCUUUUACAACAUGCCCAACAAAAGAACUCAGAUAUUAAUUUUUCUGACCCAACCGGUAAUUGCUAACAAAUUUAAUGAAUAUUUUGUAAAUGUUGGUCCAAAAUUGGCAAAAGGUAUUCGAAAAAAUGAUACAGUAUCAUUUGAAAAAUAUCUCAAAGGAAACUAUAGAGAGAGUAUGUUUGCUUAGCCUGUUACUGAACUUGAAAUACUGACUGAGAUUGAUAACUUAAAUACAAAUAAAAGUGCAGGACAUGAUAAUAUAAGUGCCAAAAUGAUAAAAACUAUAAAACAAGAAAUCUGCAAACCUCUUGCACAUAUUUUCAAUUUAACGUUUGAUACCGGAGUAAUCCCGGAAUCACUAAAAAUAGCUAUCGUUACUCCUAUUUUUAAAGCAAAUGAAAGAUACCUGUUUGAAAAUUACAGACCAAUUUCAGUUCUCACAUGUUUUUCAAAACUACUUGAAAAAAUAAUGCAUAAAAGACUAAUUUCAUAUAUUGAAAAACAUAAUAUUUUAUCUAAACAUCAAUAUGGUUUCAGGAAAAAUCGGUCAACUGAACAUGCUAUAAUUGAACUAACUGACAAAAUUUCAAAAGCUAUAGAUGAUGGUAAAUAUACAAUUGGUAUUUUCCUUGAUCUAUCUAAGGCUUUUGAUACAUGCAGUUAACCCAUACCUAAUUUUAAGAAUUUUUUAUCACUGCACAUUUUAUGCCAAAAAUUUCCGAAUGACUAAGAAUAUUUGGAAAUUUUUGGCGACCUCCCCACCCCCCCCCCCGUCGCCAAAAAAAUUUUGGUCAGUGUACCAUUUUAAGGGUCAAAAAUUUUUUCCGGACAUACCAAAAGCCAGAUAUUAACUAAAAAUUGCCCGAAUCUCAUGAUUUUCGUACAAAAAACAUAUACUAUUAUUUAAUUCGCUAAUUUGGCAGUCAUCAUUUCAAUUUCAAUUGAAUCAUUCUCUUGUGUUAAUUAACAACUUAUCAAAGCAAAUUUUAUCACUGCACAUUUUACAUUUUAUCACUGCACAUUUUACUUUUAUCACUGCACAAAUUGGUUAUCACUGCACACUAAAAUUAGGUAUGAGUUAACCACGAUAUUCUCCUAAAAAAACUUGAACAUUAUGGCAUAAGAGGAAAUUGCCUAAAAUGGUUUGAAAGCUACCUACAUGAAAGAAUGCAAAUUGUUAAAUUUGGUCAUCAUAAAUCAAACAAAUUGAUUGUAUCUACAGGAGUUCCGCAAGGCUCUAUUCUUGGGCCACUACUUUUCCUGUUAUAUAUUAACGAUAUUGAAAACUGUAGUAAAAUUAUAUCCUUUGUUAUGUAUGCUGAUGACACUAAUGCAUUUCACUCUGACAAAUGCUUAAAAUCAUUGACACAUGUUAUGCAAGAAGAAAUGAAUGAAGUAAUUAAAUGGCUAAACGUGAAUAAACUAUCUAUAAAUACAACAAAAACUAAGUAUAUAAUUUUUAAAUCAAGAAAUAAAAAAUGCGACAUUGAAAUCGAUAUUAAACUUAAUGAUAACAUUAUACAACAGGCUUUUCAUAUCAAAUUUUUAGGUGUAAUUUUAGAUUGUGAAUUAACAUGGAAAAACCAUAUAAAUUUGGUUGCUAAACAUAUAAUUAAAUCUGCGGCACUUAUAGCAAAACUGCGACAUUACACAAAUAAAAAUACACUUAAGUUGAUUUAUUAUGCAUUGGUUUAUCCAUAUCUUACCUAUGGGAAUCUAGUAUGGGGUAAUACGUACCCAACAAGGCUACAGAAAAUACAGAAUAUACAGAAAAAAAUUAUCAGAUUGAUAAGUUUUAAAUCGUAUCUUGAACACACUGAGCCAUUGUUUGAGAACUUAAAGAUCUUGAAUAUCUUUAAGAUCAAUGACUUUUUAAGUUGUUUAUUUAUGUACCGGUUUAAACGUCUACAAAACUUACUUGAAUAUUUUAAUGGCUACUUCGCACAGAACAAUGAAGUGCAUCAUUACAAUACUCGAAAUGCUAACAAAUUUCAUGUAAAUUUUAGCAGAGCAAAUUAUGCAAAACAUUCUAUUGUUAACAAGGGAGUUAAGAUAUGGAAUUCACUCGAUAAUGAAAUUAGCAGUAUUACAUUUUAUUGUACUUUUAAGAAAAAGUCAAAAUUAUUUUUCUUGUAAAAUAUACUUUAAUUGUUAUUAUCUGUAAACUUUGUUCAAUUAGCUCAUUAUAUUACUUUUACUUUAAAAUUUUCCUUACUUUAUACUUGUAUUUGUAAAUAUUCCUAUAUUCUUUCGACAUUAUAUGAUUAACUUACCAUAUAAAACAAUUGUAAAAAUAUUAUAGAACUAGGGACCUUUGAACAAAAAGCCUGAAAGGGUUUCAUGAAGGCUCCUAGCCCGUCAUAUUUUAUUGUAUACUUUAGAUU